GGCGCGUCCAAUGCGCGCGGGGCGGGAAGCGUGUCCGGCCAGCCAGUGUCUCCGGAAGGAGGGGCUGCGGAGGGGCCGCCAUUUUGUGAGGCGGCCGCCGUGAGGGGCGAAUCCCUUCGUGAGGGAGGCGCUCGCCAGGUGAGGAAGCGGGCGAGAGGGCGAGAGACGGAGGCCGCCGCGGAGAAGGGAGGGCGGCGCCGGAGGCGGCGAGGGCCGGGCGGGGCGAGGGCGCCUGGCGAGGAGCAGGGGCCGCGAAAGUGGCCCUCGGGCGGCGCAAACGGCCCACCGCGGGGCGGGGCGUGUGGGUCUGAUGCGCGCGUGUGGAUCCGUGUGUACACGCGUGUGCGCAUUAUCUCGUGCUGUUUCGUGCUCUCCCUCAUGAGCAACAAGCGCGCCUCGGAUCCCCUUCAUUGGCUGCAAUGCCACCCCUGUGACAUACUUCCCUCUGUAUGCGUAAGACCAGUAAACAGUCCUGUUGUGCUGAAGAGACUUGGACAUUAUCUCACAUGAAUCUGUGACCCGCAGCAGAAUUCAUUUGGAGAAUUAUUAUUAUUAUUAUUGUUGUUGUUGUUGUUGUUGUUAAGGUUUGUAUAUCGCCCUUCAUCUGUAGAUCUUAGGGUGAUUCUCUUCAUUUGCCACACAUUGACCCAAAGGCUCAUGAGUGUAGGUGCUGGAGUCAAAAGGGUGUGCAGUGGGCGAAGGAUCCCUGGGAGUUGCAGAGAGUCUUGUGCCCCCCCCCCCCGCAAAAGGCUAUCUAUAAUUCUCACCAUGACUAUUCAGAAGUCAGUCCUGUUGAGUAAGAUGAUAUUUAGUCCCAGGUCAAUUGACUUCCAAUUGUGGCCUAAUUUAACUUGUUGUGGAGUAUUUGUUUUUAAUUUUAAUUUGUUUUUGCUGGCACAAACGAACAUAGUGAUCUUUCUGGAUUUUAAAACAGUGACAACAGCCACAGUUAUAGGUUGUAAAUGCAACUCCUUCCUCACAGAGGUGCGUCUGCCAUCUUCAUUAUGCAGCUCCCAGGGAAUGCUGAACGUGCACUUUUACCCUUUUGGCACUUGAGGUGUAUAUUUUGAAGACUAAUCUUAUUUCUGUGGUUGUAAGUUGUUUUAAACUGUUUUUAUAUUGUGUUUUAAUGUUACAACUCUCUCUGGGACUUUGGGUGAAGGGCAGGCUUUGCUUAUUUAAGAACUGUAGGUCAUAGUUUUGUGUUUCAGUUUUACACCUAAAUAACUCUUUGAAAUAUCUUUGUUGAAUAAUAAUUAUUUUAAAGUAGGUAGCAGUUAGCUACUCCAGGAUGUGAAAACCUGCUACUAGGCUUUGUAUAUUAUGUGGUAUUUAAUUCCAUCCCUACAGUAUAUAAUAUAGAAGCCAAUGGUAAAGGCAAUAGAAUUGCAGAGCAAGAGCUAAGUUAAGUCAUCAAAUCCAAUUUCCCAUUGCAGGAGAGAAAUCUUUUAUGUUUAUAAACACCUGGCAGGAUCCUAUAUAUAAUGGCUCUGGGGGGAAACUGCAGAGGGUGAAAACUCCUAUAGCCCUGUCCUGUAGUUUUGAGUAAGUCCUACUGAUGUAGAACUUAUUUUCAAGUAAGUGCAUAAAAUUGCAGCCUAUGGUACUUUGGUUGUUAUAUGUUAAAUCUGUUUUGCUACACUUAAAUCCUAUAUUUUGUGAGCCCUCUGUUAGGCAAGGCUGGUUGCUUCUUAAUGAAAGGUUUUGAAGAAUACUGUACUCUGCUUGCACAGGUUUGAAUACAACCCAGGGCUAUUAAAAAAAAUUAAUAGAAAAUGUGGGAUAGGCAUGGACAGACCUGGUUAGAUUGGGAAGGUGCUAUUAAGAAUUUAACAUGAGGUGGAAAUGUAUAUGGAUCACACGAGGCUAAUUUAAGUAACAUAGUUGUGGAAUUUAAGUCCAUGCUCUGACAGGGGCCUGGCUUCUACCUGCUGUCAUGAUCUUUGCAGAUGCUUGGUCUGUAGGACAGAGUUGUUUGUAGAGGAAAGUAUAUGUUUAGUAUAACAGUACUGUAAUUAAAAUGCCAAGUAAAAGGGUUUUAAAUAUAUAGACUGUAAGUCACUGCAAUUGUGGGAAGAAAUUGGUGAGAUAUGAUCCAUAUUCCCAUGUAGUUCAAAAUUCAGGAGUUAGUUUGCUAACUGCAGUUUCUGAACAGUCUUCAAAGUGCAGGCAUGUAAGAAAAAAUUAGUUGAAUAGAGACAACAGAUAAACCUAAUAGAAAACCAGCAGCUAAUUCAGCAAUAGAAUACGCAGAGGGAUAUUCAAUAGUAUUCUCCCACCUAUGCAAACUGGUCUUGUCCUUCAUUCAGAGCAGAUUGGAAAGCUGAAGGGAGAAAGGGGAAAUCUUAACACAUUGGCUGGUACAAUGGGAUUCAAUGACUAGUUUUUUCUUGUCUCUCACUAGCUAGGCUGAGGGACUUAUUUAUAAUAAAUAAAAUGGGGACUUCUGGCGAGGCAAAAUAGCAGGUGCCACGGCAGUGCAGAGCUCCUAGGGACUGCCAGCACCAACAAGGUUCUCUGGCCGGUCCCCGAGCUGCCAAAGGCAUCGCCAUGAGCAAGCGAAAGCCAGGGGCACCGAACGCAGUGAUUGGGGGAACUGCGCAAGGCUCCCAGGUCCCCACCCCACCCAGCGACCUUGGCUGUACCAGGACAGGGAUCACCCUGGCAGUGGCCCGGUGAGGCUCAGAGUGAGUGCAGCGGAGCUGCCCACCCCCUGACCGAGCACCUGCCAGCCGCUGCCGUGGCCACCGCGGCAGCCAUAAGUGAAGAGAGGUAGGAGGGGACCGGGACAGCCAGGCAGGCUGCAUGGAAGCCCAGCGGAAGCCGCAUGGAGGCCCAGUCCAAACCUCGAGGGAGACAGGCAGGGCCCACCAAAACACAUACAUACAUUGAUUAGAGUUUUUUUCUUCUUGAUGUUUUUUCUUUGAUCUUCUUUUAAAUCCUUUUAAAAAAAUCUUGAUCUUAUUUUGGUUCCUUUUCCUUAAUUCUUCAAAAAUAUUUUUAAAACAUUUUUAAUACACUUUUUUUUCUUUUUUCUUUUCCCCUCAAAUUUCUUACCUCCAUUUUUUCAAACUCAAAGGAAUCAAAAUGGCAGUGCCCAAAAAGGAGCCCUAAACUAACACAGGCCACUGCCUGGGAUCGAUGCUUCUGCCCUGACUUCCUAUUUUUUAUUACUCAUUUUUUAAAUUAAAGAGGGAAAAGAAAUAAAGAAAAUAGAAUAAAAUGAAAACCUGAUUCCUUUAUUUUUCUAUUUUUGUUUUAUAGGGGGGAGUCCUCUCUCUCCCCGCCCUCCCAUUACUAUCAUCUUUUCUUAAAAAACAAACAAAAAAUUAUUAUUUCUAUUGUUAUUUUCCCCUUCCUCUCUUUUCUUUUUCCUCCCCCCUCCCCUUUUUCUUUAAAGAGAAUACAUACACACACACAUAUAUUGUCGGCAUCCGGGGGUUGGGAGGCCAGCUGGCUAGCUCCCAGCUGGAUCGUCUCCCUCUCAGCCUUCACGCUGUGGAGAUUCAUUGACCUCUGGCUCCGACGUAAAUCAGCAACUCAAGCUUGCUGUCUUGAGCACGCUGUAUGGAGAAGAGUAAACUGCACAACGGAAGAGGCUGUAGGCUGUAAAUACAUAGUAAACCUACGGAUUUAUUUUACAUAAAUCAGAAGAAAGAAGCAUGUCUCUCCUUCCGUCUUCUCGAAGAGAGACUCAAAAGAAAAGCUAUAUACAGAGCUGAAGUUCCACUCACGGGACCCAGCAGUUUGUGCUGGAAUGUAAACAGACAUGUGAUACGCAACAAUCCCAUGUCUGCAACAAAAGGUGGAAUGGAAUCUCCCAACAUCUAUAUCUUAUCUUUUUCCCCUCUCAAAAGGGUUUUCUGUUAUAUGUUUUAUUUUUUUACUUUUAUCAUUACACACACACAACACUUCCAGAUAGAUUCCACCACCUCAACAUCUUCAGGUUCUUCUGGGGGGGGGGGGGCUCUUUUCCAUUUUUUGCCUUUUGUUUUUUGUUCUCUUUCCCUCUUUCUUAACUCUUAAAUUCCCCCCAUCCCUCAUCUCUCUUUUCUUUUCUCUCCCGCCCCCAAUAAAUAAUCACAUACCUACAUACAUACACCUCCCCACCCACUUUCAAUAGCAACCCCCCCUUGGUGGUCUUUUACCUCAUACUAUAACUAGAACCACCACUGCAGUUUAUUAGCAUUAUCAUUACUAUUCUUUCUUUUUCUCCUUUCUUCUUUUUAUUUUACUUUUUAUUUCCCCCUUCUCCUUUUUCCCUUUCAUUCUCUUCUUUCCCCCCUUUUGCUUCUGUUUUGUUUGGUUCUAUUUCUGAACACACCCUUGCCAGUCUUUAAUUUUUAGCUCUUCUACGAAUCCCUAACCUCACCUUCCACCCUUAACUGGACCCCAUUCUCCCUUUUGUGUGUAUGAGUGUGCAUGUGUGUGCGCACAUGUGUAUCUACAGAUAACCCACCUAACACACACCCUCCCUCUGGCCCCACCCCAUUGGUCUCUUGUACCUCUGCCUGCUAACCCCUUUAUGUCAACUGGUCUACUUGUCUGUCUGCUCAUCUGCCUCCUACUCCAUCAACACCACUGAGGCAACUACGGGAACCCCAGAGAAGUCCUUAAAACACAGCCCAGAUGUGAUAAAAAUGGCUGCCUAAUCCAGAUGCUCUUUAAAAGCCACCAGACAACAACGCCUGUUCAACUCAGCAACUCUACACCCAGGAACCACCACAACUCCUAACCAUAGCAUGCCCCAUUGCAAGAGGACACCAAGCAGAUCUCAAACCAAGAUAAUCAGGGAGAUUGUGAUAACACCAACCAGGGAGAUGGCAAACAGCACUGAGACCACAACACCCCCUCCCCAAGAUGACAACAACCCAACAACAAAACAAGACCUGAGGGAAAUGGAACUAAGAUUAGCAGAACUACUGAAGACCACAGUGGUUCCCCAGCAGAUAAUAUAAUAUCUGUGUCCUGACCUCCAAUGUGGAAACCCUCACUAGCACCAUCUCCACUCUAGGGAACAAGAACCAAAUUCAAGAAAGAAUAAUAGAGCAGUACCAAGAGGAAAACACACGUGUGAAUAAUAAACUGGCUGAACUGGAAAGCCACCUGGAAACAGAAAGCUCCGAAAUGAGAAUCAAACAAGCGGAUCUUGAAGAUCGCAGUAGACAACAUCUGCUUCCACAACUUUCCCGAAAAAGUGGAGGCGAAAAGCCCAGCAGACCUCAUUGUAUGGUGGCUAAAAACCACAAUCCCUAGCCUGACACUCGAGGUAGAUGACCUGGAGAGGGUUCACAGAGCUCUAAAACCUAUGCUGAAAACCAACGCCCCCCAAGAGAGAUCAUCGUCUGCUUCGUCUGCUACAAAAAGAAAAGUAUUGAACAACAUCAAAAAUUCAACCAAUCUCCUUAUGGAGAAAACCCCAUCAUAAUUGUAUUCAGCGAUCACCAAGUAAGAUUGUCUUCCAUAAACACAAUUUUAACAGUGAGUCCAUAAGUCACUGUGGAGGCCAAUUCUGGAUCCACACGUCCUUCCACAGUGGGGACAUAAGUUUCUGGGCAGGAGUUGAGCACAGUGAGGAUUUGCCAAACGUGCCUUUCUCUUAUCAUGUUUCUCCCUUUCAUCCUGAGUUUUAGUGUCUUCAAAACCCAAGACACCUUUGGUAAUGGCUGUUCUCCAACUGGAGUGCUUGCAGACCAGUGUUCCCAGUUGUCGGUGUUUAUACUACAUUUUUUUUUAGAUUUGCCUUGAGAGUCUUUGUUGACCACCAGCAUUACGCUUUCCAUUUUUAAGUUCUGAAUAGAGUAGUUUCUUUGGAAGACAAUAAUCAGGCAUCCAAACAACAUGACCAGUCCAACAAAGUUGAUGUUGAAGAAUCAUUGCUUUGACACUGGUGAUCUUUGCUUCUUCACUGGCAUUCGUUCACCUGUCUUUCCAAGUGAUGUGUAAAAAUUUUCGGUGAUACCAUGGAUGGAAUAUUUCAAGGAGUUGCAGAUGAUGUUUAUAAGUGGUCCAUGUUUCACAAGCAUACAGUAAGGCUGGUAGUACAAUAGCUUUGUAAACAAGCAUUUUGGUUUCCCUGCGAAUGUCCUGGUUCUCAAACACUCUGUACUUCAGUUGGGAGAAAGCUGCACUCGCAGAGCUCAGGCGACGCUGGAUUUCGACAUCAAUGUUGGCCCUUGUGGAAAGAUAACUGUCCAGGUAGGAGAAGUGACUGACAUCACAGGAGACCCUAAAUCGGAGGAAAAGCCUAUGCCCAUGCUCCCAAUGUCUCCAACAAGCAGGGAUCAAGUACCGAUGGGGCUUCACCUUCCACCUCGUAACAACCAGCACAGCAGACAGCUACCAGUAUACCUGAAGCCCUGCAACUACUAAAGAACCUCAGACUCGACCCUCCAUUAAAAUGGCAAUCCACAGACCCACCAAGCGACAGCCACGACCAAACAACAGCAAAGAGGAAGAAGAAACCACAGAAACAACACGACAACAUAAACCAGUACAGUCAAGCAUCGCUCAUAGAAUUGUCCCGCUGAACAAACCAGCCUCAACCAAACCAACAUACAACCCUGCAACAACAACCACAGCAGCUGGAAAUCACCUCAAAUUGACGGAUUGGUGACCGCCCCUUCCCCUUUUCAUCUCUCCCCAUGCCAUUAAUAUUGCCAACAGCACCAAUACCCCCUGUGCCCCGCACCUCCAUGGAGAUCCCCAUUCCCACACCAACACUGACCCAGACGACAUCAAAUCACAUUCCCCAACUAUCCCAACAGCCCACAACCCACACUCUCAGCCCUCCACUCCAAGGACUCCACCCAUAACAAAAGAGGGGGGAAAAGACCACACAUACAAAAAUAGACACACACACACAACCUCUCCGUCUCCUCCUUAAUCAUGCAAAGGCAACAAACAAGCAGGUAAAAGAAAAGAAAAACAAACCAACCCAUACCAAGUAAAAUAAUACCCCCAACCCCAAUAAAACAAGCCACAAACAGGCUAAAAUCUGACACACAGCUAGUACAAUGGUGGCGCUAGAGCGUGCCAACACCCAUAUUCCCACCCCAACAUACCAACGAUGUUAAUAACACACAACAUUGCUUAUAAACCUUCUACCCAACACAGGCGUCACAAACAAUGCUUAACACUGUCUCACAGACCACUCCCUGUUGCAAAUGACAGAGAGGACAGCCUGCCCUUAAACAAGGCCUUCCAUGUCAGCUGAGACCCAGGACCAACUGCCUAGACACCAGAUGGUCCGAGAUACCCCAAAUAAACACCUAUAUAGGCUACUUUCUGUCAUCUACACCCUUUUUUAACCCAAAUCUAAUCCUAACCCCCCUCCCCCACACACACUCUAGGUCAACACACCUUAAUAGGUUCGAUAGACAGUGCAAGGUGAGAGACACAGGGCAACCCAGAUGAGUUGGCAGGGAAUCAUCCUAUAAAGUAGAUAAGCAAGAUGGCUAGCUUAAAAGCAAUUACAUCAAAUGUGAGGGGGUUGGGAAACCCUAUCAAAAGAAAAUGCAUCACCUUGUAUGUAAACACCAUGAAACCACACCGCCUUCCUACAAGAAGUACACAACCCACCCAAAGGAAGCAAACUCCUGAGCAAUCCCUGCUUCAGUCAACAAUAGGUAGCACCUGGCUCAGGAAAGGCCCGCGGAGUAGCCAUAAUACUCAGUAGAGACCUGAACUUCAAAGCCACAACAGUCCUAAAAGACAAAAGAGGCAGAUUCAUCUUUGCUAAAGGGACACUAGAUGGCAAAACUAAACUGACAAUCGGCUCCUUGUAUGCCUCAAACUCAAAACAACUAAGAGUUUAUCCGGAAAACACUGAACAGGUUCCUCUCCUCCUCUGAAAGGGGAGCAAUACUGGGAGGUGACUUCAACCUAAAUAUGAGAGGCAUCUCCCUGAAAGACAGCCACCAUACAACCCCAUGGGCAACCUUCCUCCGAAGGAAAGUUGCUAAAAAUGCUUUAAAAAAGGGUCUCUGUGACAAUUGGGGUGAAGAAAACCCGGGAGACACCUGCCACACAUUCUAGUCUGGGCGCAAUGACACAGUAUCCAGACUAGACAACAUUCUGCUCACACAAGGUCUGACCCCCUCAGUGGAAUCAACUGACAACUGAUAGGUAACAUUAAAAUCACAGAUCACGCCCCAGUAUAAGCUACCCUUAGAAUAAGAGAAGGGACACAAACCACCCCAUCAUGGUCCCUCAGUCCCAUCCUAACCACAAUUAAAUUGGCGAGAGUAUCACAAAAACUCUCCAAAACUACUUCAAAGAAAAUGAUGUAGACAAUAUAACAACCCCUCUCAUUUGGGACGCAAUGAAAGUGGUCACCAGAAGAGCUUUCAUAAAAGAGAAAACAUCCCUUAAAAAACAAACCUCCUCAAAAAUGAUGGGGUGGUUUGUGUCCCUUCUCCAUUCUACUUCUUGAUUUACCACCAUGGAAAACUGAGCCUGCAACAACUUUCUAUUUUGUUUUAUUGUUUCAUCUUUUGGUUUAAUUGUUAGCAAUCUGUCAUUCUCCAUUAGGUGAGCUAGAAUUUCCUCUUUUUUUCUUUUUUCUACCCCUUUUCUGAAAACUAUUUUUUUGAAUUAAGAAGCCUCUCAUAACGACUUGGCUUGCAUCCCAUACUGUUUCUAUGGGUGUUCUUUUAUUUAAGUUCCAAUUAAAAUAUUCUAUAAUUGUUUCUUUCACCUUGUUUAUUAUCUUUUGAUAUUGAAUAAACUUUCAUUCAUUCUCCAUCUAAAUGAUGAAGGAUCUUUUCCUCUCACCUCCAGAUACACCGGGUUGUGGUCGGAGAAAGUCGUUGGAAGAAUUUCCGAUUUGUAUAUUCUUGGGACUAAUUCCUUAGAUGUCCAAAUAAAGUCUGUUCUCCCCCAACUUUGAUUUGGAUCCGGAAAAAAAGUAAACUCUUUUGUUGUGGGGUUUUUUAGUCUCCAUAUAUCUAUUAGUCCCAUAGUGUCCACCAGAUUGAAAAACGGUCUGGGUAAUUUACCCUCAUUUGUGUCUCUUUUUUUGUUGAUCUGUCCAGGUCUGGAAUAACCACACCAUUAAAGUCUCCCAUUAAUAUCAAUUGUUGGUCUAGAAAAUCCAGCAACGUUUUGCUAAGUUUUGAAUAAAAGUCCGCCUUUUUAUCAUUAGGUGCGUAAAUUCCAGCUACAAUUAUCUUCUCCCCUUGAAAUGUAAUUUGCACUAUUAACACUCUUCCAUCUUCGUCUUUAUAAAUUAAUUUUGGGUCAAGUUUUUCUUUUAUAUAUAACACCACACCUCUUUUUGUUUUUAUCUGAAGCAAUAAAGUCUCUCCCUAAUCUUUUAUUGCUUAAAAUCCUCUUGUGUUUUCUUGCGAUAUGUGUUUCUUGUAAAAAAUUAUAUCAAGGAAGAAGAUUCCACCUAAACAUUAGGAAGAACUUCCUGACAGUAAGAGCUGUUCGACAGUGGAAUUUGCUGCCAAGGAGUGUGGUGGAGUCUCCUUCUUUGGAGGUCUUUAAGCAGAGGCUUGACAACCAUAUGUCAGGAGUGCUCUGAUGGUGUUUCCUGCUUGGCAGGGGGUUGGACUCGAUGGCCCUUGUGGUCUCUUCCAACUCUAUGAUUCUAAGGUUCAGUUUAAUCAAUACAUGUUCGAUUUGAUUUCUUUUACUUUUAUUAUUAAGCCCAUUUACAUUCCAUGACAAUAUUCUCAAAGCCAUUUUUAUUUAUUUAAAGCUGUUGUGAAAUCUGGUUCAAAUUUGGUAUUCUUUGCUGUUAGUCUCUUCUUCUUCCUCUUCUUCCUCUUCUUCCUCCUCUUCCUCUUCUCCUCUUGCUCUUGCUGUUCUCCUACUGGUCUUAUCUUCUCCACCUUUCCCAACUCCUUAUCGUAUCUUCUAGCAAAUUUCUCAAGAUCCUGAGGGCUAGAUAAUUUAAAUCUCUUUUCUUUGUAGCAGAAGGAAAUCCCUUCCGGAAAUCCCCAUCUGUGUUGAAUUCCAUUUUUCUUUAACUGGCUCACUAAUUUUUUGUAAACAUCCCUUCUUCGAAGAAAUCUGGAUGGAAUUUCUUUAAAUAUGAUAAUUGCCUUCCCGUCAAUGUGCAAAUUUUUAUUAUAAUUUAAUCUCAAUAUUUGAUUCCUAAUGUCCAUAGAAUUAAACAUAACCAGCACAUCCCGUGGCAAUUUCUUCCCUCUUGCUUUGGCAGAUUUUACUUUUAUUCUAAAUGCAUUUGCAAUUGUAAAUCCAAUAUCCUCUUCUUUCAUGUCCAUCCAGAUCGCUAAUUUUUUGAUUAAUUUCAUUGAGUCCUCUAACACUUUAGAUCUUACCAUUAAAUCCUUUACUUUGUCAGUUCCCCCACUACCCCCUCUAGUUUUUUGUCUAAUGUGUCCUGCACUUCCAAUAAUUUUUUUUAAUAUACUGCUCAUUUUGUUUAAAUUCCUUCCUUAUUUCGACUAUCAAAGUAUCAUAGUCUUUAAUUUCUUUCCCAUUCUUGCCAUUCUCCUGUCUAGAUGGUCUUCUUUCCCCUGGUGUUCUCCCUCCUUUCUUCAUUUUAACACAAUAACUUGUUCAAAUAAGGAAUUAACUAACACAGUUCUAUUUUCUACCUCUGUUGUUUAGUCGUUUAGUCGUAUCCGACUCUUCGUGACCCCAUGGACCAGAGCACACCAGGCACUUCUGUCUUCCACUGCCUCCCGCAGUUUAGUCAAACUCAUGCUGAUAGCUUCAAGAACACUAUCCAACCAUCUCGUCUACCUCUAGAGGUCGCAAAUUUAAAUGAACAGUCUUUAAAUUGCAGUUCCCCUCCGUCCCCACACGAUGGCAGCAGUUCCAAUAGUAACCUUUCCUUAAGCAAAGUUACUUUCAAUUUCUUUGCUCAUCAGAGGAUAUCUCUCCUUUCACAUGGCUGGAGGACUAGACAGAGAAACUGCCAUAAAAAGCAGGAAAAAAGCAAAAAGAAAAAUGCAAAAGAAAAAAAGGGGGGGAAACCACCAAAAAAGCAGUAAUUCAAAAUAUUGUAAUCCAAAUUAGGGAUCUUCUUUUUUCCACCGUUUGUCGGCUUAAUCCAAAAUCUCUCCAGGAGGAACCGAUGAUCAGGAAAGAGUGAAUCGUAGUGACUCCCUUCUCACAGACAGCAAAGAAGGAGAAGCGGGGGGGGGGGAGUUUGGGCGUGUUGAAUCCAGCUCUCUUUUACUCCCUCACGAGUAAAACAGCCCCAAAAUCAUCUCAUGUAGACUUUAGCCGGAUGUCUUAACUUUCCUCAAUAUUAAAUUAAAGUUCAUGUUUCUAUUAAUUUUAACAAAUUAAGAUCCGCAGAGUCUCUCCUCAAAGAAGGUAGAAAUACAAAUAAAAAUGGCGGAACGUAAUGAACUUGAUUUCUGGCCGCUGACACAAAUUACUCUGACCAGGACGAUACACAAGUUUUAUUCACGUUAUACACCACCCAAUUAUCUCAGCAAGAGUCCUUGCCUCAGAACAUUUAAACAGUACAACACUCACUCAGCAGCUACUUUCUUACUUUCUCUCUUUCAACCUUCCGCCAUCCUCUCCUCACCGCCGGGACAGACUCCCUUUUUUUCGCCCCUCAGCGCACCGAAUCUUGAUAAUUUUCACUUUUUAAAAUCCUCAAGCAGUAACUGCUUUUAAUUAUAGUCCAAAUCCGUUUUUUUAGUCUUGGAAGCUUGCUGCUUUCACUAGAAGCCUGAGACUGCACAACGCGGGAUCAGCUGCUUCCCCUCCGUGCCCACAGCUCCAUUCCAUCUCCGAGCCUAUUGUCUAAAGCCCGGGGAGCAGGAGAGCACAGCCAGGCACCGCCAGGUACUCUGUCCCCCAAGAUAAUCCUCUUGGGGUUUUGAGGUCCGCAUAGCCUUUGCAGAGCCUCUAAAAACCUCCCGCGUUGCCCGAGACUCCCCCAGAGGGUUAUCUCACGCUUCUUUUCAUGGCCGCGGCUCCACUGGAAGUCGGCCCUAAUCUCUUUCAAACCCAUGCUUAUACCUCCAGGAGUCUUUUAAGUCUAGAUUUUCUACCAAAUUAACAAAACUGGCUGGUAGUUUCCCUUGUCCUUUAUUUUCUCCAGUUCUAUCUAUUAGAGGGUUGAUUACUCCAUUAAAAUCACCAAGCAAAAGUAUUUUAUUUUCCAAAUAUGCUAACAGUUUCUUUUCUAGAUUUUUGAAGAAAAUUGCUUUUAUUUCAUUUUUUCAUCACCUGCAAUGAUAACCUUUUCUCCUUGGCUUUUUAUUUUAAUUAUUAUUCUUCCAUUAGGGUCAGAGAAUAGCAAUCCUGUUCCCCCUAAUGUUGAUUUUUCUCAGCUUCUUUAUAUGCAGAAGCGCAAGAUUCGUUACGAGUUCCAUGCUUCCUCUCUAUUGAAUUACCUUAAGUCCAACCGUAUACCCAGAAGUUUGAGACUACAAAAGGCGUCUACUUUGUUUACCAACGAUAUUGAAUUUAAACAGAAAUUGAUUUCCAGUCUCAACAAAUGUUCUUUUGAUUUAAUGUUACUUUUAGUUCAGAGGUCUAAGGCGGAGGUGGUUACCACGCAAAAUGAGACUGCUAAGAUCAAAGAUCAAAUUAAUUCCUCUUUUGAGAGUGCCAUUAUUAAUAAGCAAAUUGAGACUAUGCAGUCCCAAUUGAAGGAAUAUUCAGACUCCAUUUUAUCUUGGAAAACUUGUAAAUUUUCACUUGAUAUUCAGUAUUAUGAAAUAGAUCAGGUAUAUCCAUGGUUCGAAAAAGUUUCUCCUUCAUUACAGUCUGUUACAUAUUGAUAACAGAACCAUUAGUCAAUCCAGUCUGUCAUCCCAGUCGGACAGAGAGGAACCAUAGAAUCAUAGAAUCAUAGAGUUGGAAGAGACCACAAGGGCCAUCGAGUCCAACCCCCUGCCAAGCAGGAAACACCAUCAGAGCACUCCUGACAUAUGGUUGUCAAGCCUCUGCUUAAAGACCUCCAAAGAAGGAGACUCCACCACACUCCUUGGCAGCAAAUUCCACUGUCGAACAGCUCUUACUGUCAGGAAGUUCUUCCUAAUGUUUAGGUGGAAUCUUCUUUCUUGUAGUUUGGAUCCAUUGCUCCGUGUCCGCUUCUCUGGAGCAGCAGAAAACAACCUUUCUCCCUCCUCUAUGUGACAUCCUUUUAUAACCACAAGUCUCCUUGCGCCCUCUCCCACAUAGGGUACAGCUCUUAACCGAGGGGAUUUUCAGAAGGGCAGACUCCCGAGCAAGAAAGAAAUUUUGAUUGUCAACGAUUCCUCACGCAUUCUGUCUGCUAAUGAAUUACAAACCUUACAGUUGGGACUAGGUUUUGUUCCCAAACCUGCUUAUAAUGCUUUCCGAACAAGAGUUGAUUUAUACAAGUUCAUACGUAAUAAUAGAUUAUGUGACAUAUUUGGUAUAAGUGACCAAUUGGAACGCCAAUUUAGACCCAAAUCCAUGUACAUUCCAGCCAAUUCCAAUCCAUCUAUUUCUUUAUUUCAUCAAUUGGUCCUAUGUGAUUUGGAAAAAAAUGGAGAAGAAAGGCCCAAAGUUAAAGAUAAUCUGUCCAGGCUUCAACGUGAUUGUUUAAAAACCUUAUCACAUGAUCCAAAUAUCAUCAUAAAGCCAGCAGACAAAGGGGGUGGUAUUGUUAUUCAAAAUACUCAGCAAUACAUCAUGGAGGCUAAGAGAUUGUUAUCUGAUGUAAGGUUUUAUCAGAAAACAUCAAAAGAUCCAAUGGAUUCCAUAGCUACCAUCUUAAAGACAGUCUUACAACAAGCAUAUAGCGUCGGAACCAUUGAUAAACAUCUGAGUUCUUAUUACCUCCUUUUCCUCAUAUCCCGAUUUUUUACUGCCUUCCCAGAAUUCUUAAAAACAUUCAUUCUCCCCCUGGCAGGCCCAUAGUCUCUGGGUCGGGAUCCGUCUUGGAGCCUUCUGCUAAAUAUUUGGAUAUUUUCCUGCAACCAUUUGCAAAGGAUUCACCAGCAUAUUUGCACGACAUGGUCCAUUUCAUUUGUAUCAUUGAACAUACUAAAGUUACUGAUACCAUGGUUCUUGCUACUUUGGAUGUUGCCUCAUUAUACACCAAUAUCCCUUUGGAUGAGGCACGUUCCAUUAUUAGUCAUUUGGUACGGUCUCGUACUGAUCCCAUACCCCCGCCCGAUUUCCUUUUGGAUUUAUUGGACAUUAUUUUUGAAAAGAAUUAUUUCCGUUUUAUCAACCAAUUUUAUUUUCAAUCACAAGGUGUAGCUAUGUGUUCUCCCAUAGCCCUUUCAGUAGCAAAUAUUUCAUGGGUGAAUUUGAGAAAUAUAUUUUAAACAACAAUCCCUUUGCAUCUGCUUUAAUACUUUAUUACAGAUUUAUUGAUGAUUUGUUUUUGUUUAGGGAUGAGAAUGAGUUUCUGCAGUUUUCUUCUUGGCUUAAUUCCCUACAUCCAUGUCUAUCUUUUUCAGGUCACCAUAGCCUCGUAUCUUGUUUUUUUUUAGAUGUGGAGGUCAUAAAACAUAAUGGCUUUUUAGCUGUCAAACCUCAUAAAAAACCCACAGAUUGUAAUUCCCUCCUACAGUAUUCCUCAUUUCGCCCUAAACGACUUAGGAACAACUUACCAUAUGGACAACUCCUACGUCUUAAAAGGAAUUCCUCUCUUGAUGAUGAUUUUUAUAAGAAUGUUGACCAGCUAGCUGAUUCUUUAUAUGCUAGGGGAUAUCCUCUCGAUGUAGUCAAUAAAUCUAAAAUUAAAUAAUUUGUGAAGGAUCGUUCUGUACUACUCAGCCCUUCUAAUAUUUCACGCACACAAAAUCAUAUGGGGACAAGAUCAUGAAAGAUGGCUACGACAAAGAAUCGCAAUUCAUUUUUAUGUUUAAGACCAUUCACCCUGAAGGACUUAAUUCUGAACUGGAUUUAAAUUGUUUUAUUUGAUGUUUUUCUAUUGCUGUUAUAUUGCUCUGUAACUUUAAAUUGAAUUACUGUAAUUCAGUCUCCAAGUAAUGAGUGCAACCUGGGAAUGGUUACUUAUGCUUCAGGUAUCAUGCAACUAGUAGCAGUAGUUACAUAUCCUCAUGACCACUGCUCCUUGUGCAUUUUUCUAAUCUAUGGGGUAUGUACCCUUGUUCUUCUUAUUGUAUUUGUAGCAUAUGGGUUGUAAUGUGUGAAGUUUAUAUAUUUUUCACGUACACAGGUCAUUGUUUCAUAUUUGAAUUCUUUUGUAGUUGUGCUGAAGAAGAUUCCAGCAAAACAGUCAGAUUAUCCAGGAUCACUGUCCUACAUUGUUAUUCACUUACUACUUCGGCACCACGAAGGCCUAAAAAGUUUUUCCGCUUAGCUCACAAGAUAGCGUCUAUUACUUUGUUUCGAUUAUAGACUUAUUAUACUUCUACGGACUUUCAAAGAUUGACAGACGUGUUCAUUUGAUUUCAAAUAUAUUAGAGAAUUUACAAGUGUACACAUUUUGUUGUACUAAAUUAUGUAUAUUAUGCAAUAAGAAUUGCAGUGCUAUCUAGUAUACUGGUCAUCGUGUUGCUUGUGUUGUUUGUUGUGUUAAGUUUGCAACACGGGUUGUUCUGUACUGGUUCUAAACAGGGCUUAGCAUAAAUCACCACUCCUCUUUUUUUUACCUGGUCUGCUGAGAUAAAUUCUUUUCCUAAUUUGGGUUUUAUUAACACUUUUAUUAUUUCUUGUGACAUGCUUUUCUUGAAAACAAGUAACAUCAAGUCUGUUUGAUCAGAAUAUGUUGUAUUUUGUUUCUUUUUUUCUUUUCAUUUAGUCCGUUAACAUUCCAAGACAAUGUUUUUAAAUUCAUUUUUAUUCAUUAAAAUAUAAUAAAGAAAAUAAACUAGUUACAGAAAUUAAUACCCAAUACUUUAUUGAACUUCUACUCAUUUUCACUACCGUGUUCUAAGGUUGUAGUUUUUGGACUGGACUCUUUUUGGUAUCUGUCUCUCACUUGCUAGUUCGUUCCUAUACGUCCUGUGGAAUUUUUCGGCUUCUUUUACUGUUUCUAGUCUCCUCCUCUUCCCUUUGAAGGUGAAAUAAAUUCCUUCAGGGAACUCCCAUUUGAAGAAUAUUGAUUUUGCUUUUAGAGCUCUAGUCAGAAAUUGCUAUUUGUCUCUCUUUUUCAGUAGUUGGGGGGGAAUCUUUCAAAAAUUUAAUAUCCUCUCCUCAAUUUUGAAUUUCUUUUUCCUUUUAAAUUGUAAAUUGUAAAAUCUUAUUUCUUAGUUUAUUUGAUGUGAAUGAUCAGGCAAUCCCCAGGCCAUUUAUUUGCCUUUGCUUUCCUAGAGUUAACCCUGAAUAUAUUUUCUGUAUUCUCUAAUAUUUCAUCUUUCUUUACCUCUAACCAAUUGGCUAGCUCUUUAAUAAUGGUUUUUUUUAGUAUAUUUUCCUCUGGAACCUCUGGGACACCCCAUAUUCUGAGAGUUUUCUCUCUGACUUGCAUCUGAAGAAUGGACAUUGCAUCCCAGGUUGCUUCCUGUGUGAUUUAAAAUUCCUUAUUUUCUCUUUUAACCUUUUCACAUUCUUUCUUAUUUUCUCUUAAUUCUUUGGAGGGUUUUUUGGAAAUCUCUUCCAAAUGUUGUGUUUUGUUUUUAAGUUCAUGUACCGUUUUUGUUAGUUCUUUAUUUUCCUUGAGAAGAUCGUUUACUUGUGUUUUUAUAAUUUAUAAUUUUAUAAUUGAUUUAGUAUUUCCCUCAAUUUCCCCACCCAUCCUAUCCAAUUUAUCAUCCAUUCCUUUUACUUUGUUGUUCAUCUCUAUCUUAAAAUUACUAAAUUCUUUUUUCAUUUCCCCUAUAUCGCCCUUCAGACUCCAAAUUAAUUCUUUUAAAUACAUCUCCUGGUCCAUCCCAGAAUUCCUUCUGCCCUGUUGAUUAUAGGUUUGGCCCACAUUUUGUUUUUUGUUUGACAUAUUGGUCUUUUCCCUUAAUCAUUUUGGUUGAAUAUUACCACUGAUUACUUUUUCCAAUAGACCAGACUUCUGAAAAAGCUCACUUAUCACACCAUUGUUAUGGUUGCCCACCCCAUUUGCAUUCCUCCGUUCACUUUUUAUAGAGGUUGCAGCUUAGUCUACUCCUUAUUCUCCAAGAAAAUGUUGUAACUCCUUCCAGAUAUUGGAGUAAUUGAUAUUUCUCUGUGAACCGACUUUAUACCACUAUUCCCAAUUACUAUUAAAUAGAAUGCAAUCAAAAUAGAACCACUUAUUCAACAGAUAUCAUAGAAUCAUAGAAUCAUAGAGUUGGAAGAGACCACAAGGGCCAUCGAGUCCAACCCCCUGCCAAGCAGGAAACACCAUCAGAGCACUCCUGACAUAUGGUUGUCAAGCCUCUGCUUAAAGACCUCCAAAGAAGGAGACUCCACCACACUCCUUGGCAGCAAAUUCCACUGUCGAACAGCUCUUACUGUCAGGAAGUUCUUCCUAAUGUUUAGGUGGAAUCUUCUUUCUUGUAGUUUGGAUCCAUUGCUCCGUGUCCGCUUCUCUGGAGCAGCAGAAAACAACCUUUCUCCCUCCUCUAUGUGACAUCCUUUUAUAUAUUUGAACAUGGCUAUCAUAUCACCCCUUAACCUCCUCUUCUCCAGGCUAAACAUGCCCAGCUCUCUUAGCCGUUCCUCAUAAGGCAUCGUUUCCAGGCCUUUGACCAUUUUGGUUGCCCUCCUCUGGACACGUUCCAGUUUGUCAAUGUCCUUCUUGAACUGUGGUGCCCAGAACUAGACACAGUACUCCAGGUGAGGUCUGACCAGAGCAGAAUACAGUGGCACUAUUACUUCCCUUGAUCUAGAUGCUAUACUCCUAUUGAUGCAGCCCAGAAUUGCAUUGGCUUUUUAGCUGCCGCGUCACACUGUUGGCUCAUGUCAAGUUUGUGGUCAACCAAGACUCCUAGAUCCUUUUCACAUGUACUGCUCUCAAGCCAGGUGUCACCCAUCUUGUAUUUGUGCCUCUCAUUUUUUUUGCCCAAGUGCAAUACUUUACAUUUCUCCCUGUUAAAAUUCAUCUUGUUUGUUUUGGCCCAGUUCUCUAAUCUGUCAAGGUCGUUUUGAAGUGUGAUCCUGUCCUCUGGGGUGUUAGCCACCCCUCCCAAUUUGGUGUCAUCUGCAAAUUUGAUCAGGAUGCCCUUGAGUCCAUCAUCCAAGUCGUUGAUAAAGAUGUUGAAUAAGACCGGGCCCAAGACAGAACCCUGUGGCAGCCCACUAGUCACUCUUCUCCAGGAUGAAGAGGAACCAUUGAUGAGCACCCUUUGGGUUCGGUCAGUCAGCCAGUUACAAAUCCACUGAGUGGUAGCAUAGUCAAGACCACAUUUUACCAGCUUCUUUACAAGAAUAUCAUGAGGCACCUUGUCAAAUGCCUUGCUGAAAUCAAGGUAGGCUACAUCCGCUGCGUUCCCUUCAUCUACCAGGCUUGUAAUUCUGUCAAAAAACGAGAUCAGGUUAGUUUGACAUGACUUAUUUUUCAGAAAUCCAUGCUGACUAUUGGUGAUCACAGCAUUCCUUUCUAGGUGCUCACAGACUGUUUGCUUAAUGAUCUGCUCCAGAAUCUUCCCUGGUAUUGAUGUCAGACUGACUGGGCAGUAAUUAUUUGGGUCCUCUCUUUUCCCCUUUUUGAAAAUAGGGACAACAUUUGCCCUCCUCCAGUCUGCCGGGACUUCGCCUGUUCUCCAGGAAUUCUCAAAGAUGACUGCCAGUGGUUCUGAGAUCACAUCUGCCAGUUCUUUUAAUACUCUUGGAUGCAGUUCAUCUGGCCCUGGAGACUUGAAUACAUCUAAACUAGCCAAGUAUUCUUGUACUAUCCCCUUAGUUAUUCUGGGCUGUGUUUCCUCUGCUGAAUUAUUUGCUCCAAAUUCUUCAGGUCGGGCAUUGUUUUCUUUAUCGGAGAAGACUGAGGCAAAGAAGGCAUUGAGGAGUUCAGCUCUUUCUGUGUCCCCUGUUUGCAUUUCACCAUCUUCUCCUCUGAGUGACCCCACUGUUUCUUUGUUCUUCCUUUUGCUACGGACAUACCCAUAAAAGCCUUUUUGUUGCUUUUAACCUCUCUAGCAAGCCUGAGUUCAUUCUGUGCUUUAGCUUUUCUGACUUUGUGUCUACACGUGCUGGCUAUUUGUUUGAAUUCCUCUUUGGUGGUUUCCCCCUUUUCCAUUUUUGUACACAUCCUUUUUAAUCUUAACUCAGUUAAAAGUUCUUUAGAUAGCCACCCUGGCUUCUUUAGGCACCUUCCAUGUUUCUGUCUCAUUGGUAUUUCCUGACGUUGUGCUUUUACUAUCUCCCUCUUAACAAACUCCCAGCCAUCAUGAACUCCCUUUCCUUUUAGUAUUACUGUCCAUGGGAUCUCACCCAGCACUUCCCUGAGCCAAAAGAUAUCUUUCGAGAUUUCCAAGUUAUUUUUCCUCCCCUCCUUUUUCUAAUGAAAUUUCCAGUAUUUUUUGCUGGUAUUAUUUUUCCAAUCAAUUUAUGUGUUGUUGUUAAUCCCUCCCUUUCUAUUUUAUUUCUACUUAAAUAUUUCUUUCAUAUAAAGCACCUAUUAAAAUAGGGUGCUGUUUCUUUUUUUCACCACCUGGUGUCGCUGUGUCUAGUCCUUCCACUCUUUCUUGCCACCGUCUCUCUUGUAGUCUUCUGUUCAUCUCUUUGUCUUCUUCCCUUUCCUUCCCCUGAGUCAUGCUGCAGCUCAAUCCCCUUACAAAUCAUGCUGCGCCAUAUUUAUUGUGAGUAAAAGUUAAAUAUUUAGUUCAAGAUUGUUUCUCUUUUGGUGUUCCUUUGUGUCCUCCGUUCCUUUCCAGCUUUACUGCUGAGUCCUUUUACGCUUGUAGACCUUUGAGCUUUUGUGCUUUCCUCUGCGUUUUACUUUAUCGCAGUUUUGGGCUUUCCUUCCCUUAUCUUUUUCCACUGCUGCCCCUGUUCCAUUAUUUAAUAUCUAAUAUUUGUGGUUUUAUAUCUCCCACCAGUUGCUGGAGGUCUCAUUUAGUAUUGCUGUUUCCCCCCCACACACACACACCAGCAGUUUAGAUUCCUCACAGUCUUUUUAUUUUUCCAGGGGGGCAGGCAUGGUCACUGCAGAUUACUCCUUACAAUUAUCUUUUUUAAAAUUGAAACUUGUGGAGGUUUCCUGUGCUAUCUUUUAUAUACAGUGAAAAGAAUUUCCAGAGUAAAAAAAAAAAAGAUUUUCCCAGCCACUGUUCCUGGUGUUCUGGUCUGCUGGAGGAUACUCUUUGUUUUACGUCCCCUCCCAUGACCUCACAAACGUUGUGUUUACUGUUAUUACAGUUCACUUGUUUCUCUUAACUUUCACAUCUCUUUAGCAGCCAGAUAGUUGAUAUUAGGGAUAAAAGGAACUGGAAAUUCUACUGCCGCUCUUACCGUUUCGGGUCUGAGGCUUUUUGUCAAGGGAUGUUCAUCUCCACACGUCGGGGGCUCUAUGCUCUUAACACCUAUUGCUUAAGAUGGAGAAUAUGGAGCACCCUUUCUUGACACCGCUGGAUACUUUCGAUUCAGGGUCACCCCCUGAAUCUUUUCUGGGGACGCAUAGCCUCUGCGUUACUCCCCCCCCAUAAAACCCUUCUAACAGCUGCUUCUUGGAGCCUCUGUGAAGCACACCUGUCCCAGAGGCAGUAAAAACCAGAAGUCAAAGCUUUUGAUUGCUUAGAGUGGAAAUACCUAUUAGCAGUACUAACUAACAUGGAAUUUGGUCCCAACUUCUUACAAACCCUCUGAGGCUAUGUGCUUCAACAUACACCCCAUACCCAAAAAGAAUUUGCCAACAUCACCAAGAUAAAACUUUGCUGCACCAAGUUCAGAUACCUAGGGGUACAAAUAACCAGAAACCUCAACAAAUUAUACCUCCACAACUACAAACCCUUAUGGUGACAAAUCAAUAAAGUUUAAAGCAUGGAAAGAAGUAGGUAAGCUGUCCCCAACCCUAUCCCCACUAAUUCCCCUGGCACAUCACCCAUUAUUCCACCAUGUAGCACAAAACUUCCAGAUUAAAACCUGGCAAACCAAAGGCUUAUACACCUAACAGAUUUCUACAAAAAUAACAAACCAUAUCUACAUAAGAAAUACAAGACAAACUAGGGGACACCCAAAUGCCCUGGCUAACACACCACCAAUUACAUGCCCUCUUAAUCCAGUAGUAAAAUCAGCAGCAACUAGGCCCUUGGCAACCUUUGAAAACCUCCUCCUAACAACAAAGGGACACGGCAAAGGGAUGGUGUCCGCAAUAUACAAAAUACUACUCCAGAAUCCCACAAACCCCCUAAACGUAAUCAAAAAGCUGGGAGGAUGACAUAGGCUAUGAGAUUAACCCCACCCAAUGAACCAGAAUGUGGUCUAAACCUCCCUUUAAAUCCAUAUUAGCGAAAAGAAAAGAAUUCACUCUGAAACUCACAGGUGGUGCUUAACACCAUGAAAAUUAAGGCUAAUACACCCAGGAACCUCACCAAAAUGCUGGAGAGGAUGUACCUCCACAGACACACCUCCACAUGUGGGAAUAUCCUAAGAUCCAACUCUUCUGGACAUCAAUCAUACAAGAGAUAUGCAAAAUAACUAAGCAAAUAUUAGAAGUCACCCCAGAACUGGCUCUACUGAACAUCUUCCAAGACAAUAACCCCCACUCACAACACAAAGAGCUCAUAACCCACCUACGCUCAGCAGCCAGAAGCAUCAUAGUCAGACACUGGAGAGGCCUGUCAUUUGUAGAGGGAUCUUGUAAUUUUCUAUUGCCCUGGUUGUGUUCAACCCUAUAUGUGUUGUAAGCUCACAGGGCUGCUUUGCUUUCAUAGGUGAUUGCUGACUCAAAGAGAUGUAAUAAAUCCUGGGUUGCAAAUGAGAGUGAGAGGACACAGUUGCUAUUGUAAAGGGAUUUUAUUUUUAUGGUAUUUGUAGCUUUAUUUGUUGUGGCUCAAAAGUUAUUUAGUCCCAUAAAUCUUUCUAAAUCUCUCAAACACCUGAAAUCCAGGAAAGAAUUACUGUAUUUUCCAUCUAUAAGACAAUCCCAUGUAUAAGAUGCCCCUUAUUUUGGGAGACUCAUAUUUAAGAAAAUGGGGGGAGAUGGCCCUAUGUGUAAGAUGCCCCCUAAUUUUGACAUCAUUUUUUUAGGGGGGGGAACCCUAGUUUUAUACAUGGAAAAAUAAGGUAUCUCUCUGAUGGGCACAAUAAUGAUGUGCUCAAGGUCAUACAGCUGUUGAUUUCAAAUCUUGGAAUACAUCUGUAGAGACUUGGAACCUAGGCUUACCUGAUUAAAAUAUAAAAAAAGAUUCAUUUCGGAGUGAUAAUUUUGCCUCCUAGUAAGAUGAAGGAGUCUGAGGUAUGUCGUGGUUCUCCAUUAAGGUUCAGGAAAAAUGUCACAUGGUAAUCUGUCAACAUUCAUUCUGUGGGGUAGCCAUGCCACCUUACAAGGGAGGAAUUGUAGCUUGGUGAACUAGGCCUGAGUUUAGGUUUUGAGCAUGCCUUAAUCCAGAACCAAGGGGCCAGAUUGGUUCCAUAUUUAUAUUGACAUGGGCAUUAGCAAAGUUCAUACUUUGGAUAGCUUUGAAGUUGUGUGAGUGUACUAUAGAAAUGACGGAUCUGAGAAAUAACCAGAUAAAAUGGGAUAUAUAUAUGCUUAUGUAUAUAACAUGCUGGUGUCUUUUAAAAAGAUGCUAUCUUUCUCUUAUUAUUAUUGCUGGUGCCAAGCUAGGGUGGGAAUCUCUGUGUGAAAAUGCUGCUGAUUUAUUUCAUCUAUUUUCUCUGCAGAGAUAAUUGACACCCCACUUUUCAUGAUAUGCUGGAAUGAUAGUCACCCACUGAAGAGCCUGGCGUUGGGAGAUUCCUGAAGCACUUGCACUUCACGGGUAGCAAUGGAGUAUGAGAGGAGGUAAAAUAUUUCUCUAACUAUUUCUGGCUUCUAAGAUGGAGUAAGGCAAACCACUUUUGCCUGGUGGAGUGACUCAAAGUAACCACAUUAGCCCAAUGAGCAGUUCCCCACCUUUUGCCACUAAGCAUGUAAACAGUUGGAUGAGUUCAGCACUAAUUCUGAGCUCUGCUUUGCUGUGUUGAAAAGUGGGUGUAAGCCUAAAUUAAGAGUGGUAUCAUUUUAACCACUGCUGUGCUCAGCAUCCCUAUUAGCAGGUGGCACAGCACUGCAAUAAAAUGGCUGGGAUGUCACUUCCUCUUGUGCAGACCUCCAGGUACCAUGAAGUCUUGCUCAGGAGUGCUGUGGUGUAACAUAGGGAGAAAGGUUUUUAGUUUGGGAGUUCAUAUGAAUAAUCUUAAUUCCCAUUUCCUGACUGUUCUUCAUCCUCUGUGCAAGGCAAUGGCUUCAUAAUGCAUCCUACCACCACAGAAAGCAGGUAAAGGAUGGGUUUGGCAAUGAUGCGAGGCCUUUGGAUGGCAAGCCAGCCCUGCAUUAUCACAAUGUUUUUUGCACAGGAUCCUAUUUUGAGAAACAUUAUUAAUAAAGUGCAGAAGGGGUGGAGGGGGCUAUUAUUUAAUAAAACAACUAUCUGACUUUUAGAAGACAUCUGAAGGCAGCCCUUUUUAGGGAUGUUUUUAAUGUUUGAUGUUUUAUUCUGUUUAAUAUUCUGUUGGUAGCUGCCCAGAGUGGCUGGGGAAACCCAGCCAGAUGGGCAGGGUAUAAAUAAUAAUAAGUUGUUGUUGUUGAUUUCCACUGUACUCUGUCAUUAGACUCAGUUGUAAGUGGGUAGGUAAAUGGGAGCCAUGUGAGUGAGAGGGAAACACAUCAUGGCCUCUGUUACAUGGCUCUUACAUACGAACAGACAGAUUUUAUAUAUGCAUAUAGCUUUAAUUCUAUGAAUGUUUAAUUGUUUUUUAGUUUGUAAGGUGCCUUGAGUCUCAUCAGGGAAAAAGGCGGGUUAUAAAUAUAGAAUUAACAACAACAACAACAACAACAACAACAACAACGGAACUGUAGUCCCCUACAGUAGCUUUCCCACCACUUCAGUAAUGUUUGUAUCAUCCCUUGGAUGUUGAGAUACAGAUACAGCAAGGAGUCACUGGUGCUCCCAACUAUCAGAUAUUGCAUGUUGCACUAGCAUCUGUAUUUAUCUGCCCAUGACAGUGUUUUAGAUUGUAGCCAGAAUGCUAGUCACUAGAUGACUUCAGCUCAAGUUAUGCAGGUAGGGUGGGGGAAUCCAUUGUUUUUAUUUGUUUCCUAUGAACAGAUUACAAAGUGGGGGUUACUUUUAUGGGUAAUCAGCACUGAUAGCAUAGCAGAUUUCCUUCAUUUUAUACGCUCUAGAGGUGGUCGUGGAGAUCGGACUGGUCGGUAUGGUGCUGUUGAGCAGACCCUGGAUGAGAGGUUAGAAGGCCGGAACCAGAGAGACCAUGACUACAGAGACAUGGAUUAUAGAUCCUAUAUGAGAGAUUUCAACAGCCAGGAGCCUACCAAUGACUAUGAUGAUUCUUCUGAGGAGCACAGUGUGGAGGUAAGUUGUGGUGCAGAGCUGUUGGAGACGCCUGUCCUCUUUGUGACUACCUCUUGGGAGGUAGAAUGCAGUGGCCUGCAUGGCUCUCUGAAGAGCUGCCUCUCCAGAGGAAACCAUCAGAUGGGAGGAUUUCACAGCUGAUUUUUAUAAGCAGCUGGCAGUAGGAGUGGGAUCUAGCACCCAACAGUUAUGCUUCUGGGUGUAUUUUUGCAGAACUGCUGUUGUGGGGAGACUGUAACAAGUUAAGUACAGUGGUACCUCAUGUUACAUAUGCUUCAGGUUACAUACGCUUCAGGUUACAGACUCCGCUAACCCAGAAAUAGUGCUUCAGGUUAAGAACUUUGCUUCAGGAUGAGAACAGAAAUUGUGCUCUGGCGGCGCGGCGGCAGCAGGAGGCCCCAUUAGCUAAAGUGGUGCUUCAGGUUAAGAACAGUUUCAGGUUAAGUACGGACCUCCGGAAUGAAUUAAGUACUUAACCUGAGGUACCACUGUAGCUGCCACAACGAAAUAGGUGGUCAUGUGGGACAAUAUGCUACUAGUUGUGUGAAGGAAUCAUGGAGGGAAGUGCUGGAACAGGUAAUGGAACUGGACUUGUGAAACAGUCCCAGUUGCUAGAAAAAUGCUGUAUGCUUUGGAAGAUUGCUUUUCCUAUGGCACCACCAAAGGCAGAGGAGUGAAAGUGGUGAUGGUGCUGUGACUGCCGGACAUUUAGUAGGGAAUUGUUAGGCCUUGUCCUGCAAAGCUGGGCACUACUCCUUUAAGCCCCAUCCAUUCUGAGCUUUUCUCUUCUUUUCUGUACAACAAUCCUAACCCAGGAUUCCUAUGAGGCCUCCUCUGGAUCAGAGACACAACGUAGAAAGCGGGACAGCCCCAGUGAGCAGUUGGGAUUUCCUGCAGAUGGUGACUACCGGGACCAGGACUACCGCACUGAGCAAGAGGAAGAAGAACAGAAGGCUAGCAGCAUCAUUAUGCUGAGGAUGCUGCCUCAGUCUGCCACUGAGAAUGAUGUACGUUAGGCAGUUGGGCUGGGAGGCACUGCUUCCUUGCAGUAACUUGUUGCUGUUGCUUCCUUAUUUCUCUAACUCUUACCUCUUCAAUGCUUCCUGAUGUUGGCAUUGAUCACUCCUUUUAUGCUUUUCUGCAGAUCCGAGCCCAGUUGCAGGCACAUGGAUUCCAGCCCCGAGAGGUGCGGCUGAUGCGGAAUAAAGCUUCAGGUGAGCUCCCGUUCAUAGUUCUAUCUUUUCCCUUCUCUUGGUAUUGCCAUAGUGUUUCACCUACCAUGUGACACACUCCAAAUUAGAGUGCAGUCUUCCAGAUAUGUAUCUAUGUAUAGCUGGUUUGCCCUGUGGCAUUAGUUUUGGUCUGUGCUAUGUACAUUCCCCUAGUAUUUAGAACCAACCAGGCUUUUAGAUGUCACCAAUGGAUCAUUAAUAGCUCCUUGUGUGCUAUUGUAGUUCUGUAAACUUGGAACUCUGUAGUUCCUCUGCUGUGUGAUUGGCAGAACAUUGAGGCCUAUUCUUGGUUCCUGUUCUUUUCCAAGGUUUGUUGCAUACUAUAUAAUUGUGAGCAUCCUCAGAUCUAGCAAUUCAGCAUUUAUUUCCAUAGGAAGUUCUUCUUUGGGUUUUUUUCUGCCUUUCUUGCUUGGCCUCUUUCUCUGUGGUAGGAGACAAAAACCAACAAAUGGAUGAAGGUUGAAGACAAUCCUUUUGGAUAUGUAUGGUGUCUUCUAUUUGGCCUCAUUUGAUCAGAUAUGAGGUUUGCAGUGAUUCGUCUUGGAUCUUUGCAGCCUAAGUUGAGCUCUUUUUAAUAGUGGCACUGAGGAAACAGAUAUGAAGGCAGGCUAUACAACUUUUAACCUAUCAAGUUGAAUGCAGCCCUUUAACCAUAUAUGGCUUACCAGGGACAUAUUAAAUCUGUUUGAAUUUUUUCUUAUUAUCAUGGGCAGGCAUGGAGGGAGGAUUUUCAACUCACCAAUCAAGUAUUGUGGUCAGUUUCAGUGGAUCCUAAGUUAUGCAGGCCUCCAUUAAGGAAAGUAGUUACCAACCAAUUGGGGUGGCAUUGGAAAGUAAAAGGAAAGCAUGAGAUCCCUUAAGUCUGUUCCAAGAGAAAUGGUCAGACUGUGUCAGGUCUGCAUCUUAGGACUGUUUUUUGAGUAAAGUUAUAACCAAGCAGGUAAGUUUGCUCCUUCUUUCCAGGGUUACUCCCUGCAUAUCACACACACUUGCAGCCUAUGAGUCAUGGUUGUGUACCUUUUUCUUUUUAAAAGCAAGGUGUGUAUGUGACUAUAGUCCUCUGUAUCUGCCCUCUGUUAUACCAGGCCUGAAAAGGGCUGGUUGGUACUACAAGAUGGAGGGUACAGAAAGGCACCCUGCUUCCAUGGGCAGCCAAAGGCUGAGAGAAGCAAAGACACAUUGCAACACAUUACAUAAAUGGGAAAAUCCAUUUUUACAAGGGCAGAGUCUGCAAACCUUGAGAAUAAAAUUCCCUGGAGAGUUGUAACCUCUUGAGAGCUGUCCACAGCAGCUUGCUCUUGUGUAUAUUGGUUCAAUUCUUUUGAAAAACCAUCUGUCAUAUUAGAAUAGGAAACCUGUUCAUAGACUUCCAACAUUGUGCUUAGUUAUGGUAUUGCUAAGGGGAAAAGUGGGGAAGAGGUUAAUCACUGCCAUAUUAGUUGGUUGGAUUCAGCACAUCUUUUCUGGGUUUGUAUGAACCUUCUUCCAAUAUAGGCACAUGUUGUUACUGGUGUUUAUGUAGCUCAUUCUUCUUCACAACAGCUCUAAGAGAUCUCUAUUAUUUCUGUUGUCUAAAUGGGGAAAUGAGGCUAAAUGUCUGGCCCAAAGUCAUUCAGUGAGUCUUGAGGCAGAACUGGGAUUUGAACCCAAAUCUUCUAAGUUCAAGUCCAACAGAUCACAGCUGUGUGUAUCUUGAAGAUGCCAUUGCUGCUGGGUCCCUUGUGCUAGUGCCCUCUGUGGUGGGUGUUUUUUGGUGCUCCUUCCAAAAUAAGCAGGCACUUCACCUUUCCGAAUGAUAGCACAAGUGCCCUAGUGUGGUAUUAAGAAGGAACCUCCUGCACAGAUGCUUUGCCACAACUGUGGCGUACACUUAAGGAAAAAGUGGUAGAUGGCUAAUGGAAAAAGAUAGCGUUAGUGGAAGCAGUAGGAAUAGAUCUGCUUGGAGCCAUCACUCUCUGUUAAACUUUUCGCCAUUUGGAGGUAUUAUGAGUUGGCUGAUAAAGGCACAGGACUGAAAGUUGUGACUUCACAGAUCUGUUCCCAGCUUGGGGUGAGGGAAGGGGAGAAAUACUUGGAGGUUUGAGUAGAGGUGAGUGGCAAUUGUACAUCAGAAACAUUCCUUGCUUAGGAUGAUCAGAAGAGCAAGCAACUCCCUUUUUGUGGUCAGCAUCUGAGUCUGCACCAUCCCACUUUACACCUAGGGUGCCCUUUCUGUGCCUUUCCACUCUUCCCUGUUUCUCCCCCGCAUCCUGCCCUUGCCCCAAUUGGUACAGCGACAGGGAUGCGUGAUGUUGGCUGGAUCUGUUGACUAACACACUGCGUCUGUAUCUGAAUGCUGUCCUCCAGGUCAGAGCCGGGGCUUCGCCUUCGUCGAGUUUAAUCACUUGCAGGACGCUACACGAUGGAUGGAAGCCAAUCAGGUUGCUUUGCUGCACUUGAAACCCACAAGUACUGCUACUGUUAAUGACCAAUCCAAACACCUGGUUCAUAUGAAAAGCCCCAGCCGCUUUCCCCAUAGGAAAUUACUGAAGGGAAUGGGGAAGAGGAGUUAGGUCUGAAUCAGAUAUCUCUAGUCUCAGGAAUCAAACAGAGAAUUUGACUUUUUGGGACCACCCAAGUCCCAAGAAGUAGGGUUCUGGUGUCUUACAAUAGGGACACAAAAAGUCAGGACUUCUGAGUGGUAUUAACAACCCAGGGAGUGGGUUAGCCUCUGGAUUUAAUUUCCACAUUGGGGAGAAGGUGGUCUAGCAAGUUGAGCAGGGGAACUAAGGAUCUAGGCUAUGAUCCACGGUAGUGGGGGCUGGAGGAGUUCCUGGUAGUAAGGAAAGGGUUUGGGGAGUUAGGACUCCUGUGUGCUCUUUCUGCUCUGGAUAUAUGCAUGAUCCUGAGUGUGAUACAGGCUCCAGUCUCAAUGGGUAUCUGUCAGAGAUGAUGCUGAUGCUGCGUGUGCGUUCUCUCCCAGUGCAGUCAGGGUUCAAGAUAGGAAGCUUUCCUGGGAGGCCUUAUCUCCUUCCUCACAGCAGUCUCUGUCUUGACAGCCCAUCUGUGCGAGACCCCUUGUUUCUAUCCAGCACUGUAGGAUCACAAUAAAGGUGUGAAGGGCCACAAACCAAGCUUUUAGACCCCAAACUGUCUGUUUUGACCAGAGUUUCAAACUAUGGUCCUGUUUCCAAGCAGCCAUAAGGUUGGUGAAAAUGCACCCCUAGCCCAAUAUGUUUGGGUUUUCCAAACAUGCUUGUUUAUGCAGUCAUGGCAAUUGCCUCUGCCAUCGACUCCUCCUCCUCCUCUUCCUUCUGUUCUCUUGUGUUGGCAGUGUAGCCGGGCCGUGUGUGCGCAUCCCCAGUGGGAGCUGACACAGGUAGCCUUGGCAUGGCUGAGAUGAUGCACUUUGCUCCAGAUGCAGGAGGGGAUAGUGCAAAAACUGGCCUAACAGGAAGAUGUGGGCAAGGGAUUAUUUCCAGCACAGUUUCUACAAGCGUGUGAAAGUAGUAAUAUGUUACUUUGUAAGAUUGCAGCAGGUCAGAGGUAGCAUUUGUCAGAAGAAGAUUCUAGCCUAUGGGACCUUGAGUUAAAAGCUCCUAGCAAAUGCUUUUAGAAAUUGGUGUGGCUUAGCUCUCUAGUUCUUAUAAAUUAUGAGUCCUGGUAAUCAUUUGAUGCCCUCACAAGGUGUUGAGAAUCACCAAUUGAGGAUAACAGUACUUUUCAGAGGCCACUUUAGAAAGAUAUGAUGAGUUGGAAGCAGUUUAGUUGUGUGCAUGAGCAAAGUAGGGUAGGAAGAUGAGUACUGAACCUCUGGGGAUGUGUAUGUAGCUUAAAACCUUAGUUUUGGUCUCCCAAAGUUUUUACCUCUUGGACAGAGUUGCAACCAGAACAUUGGGUGUUCCUCCAAGCAUGCCCAUAAAUGGGAGCUGACAUAAGCACAGCAGAGAUCUGUGCUGAAUGAGGGAGUGAUCCCUAGUUAGGGGAAGGUGCCCACUGUGGGGGCACAAUGGCUUUGGGUUGGGAGGAGAGGAUGGAAAUGCAUGCUGCUAGCUUUCAGGACGGAAGCUCAAGACAGAUCAUUCUAGUGGCAUAGAGGUUAUUGUAUGGCGGUGUCUCGGAGCAUGGCUGCAUUUUCUCUGUCUGUUUCUCCUCCUCUCCAUCUUUCUUUCUGUCUCUCUCUGACACACUCUCCCUCCAUCACAGUAGCCGGACGUCCCGGUGCCUUGGGUAGAGACAGGUGCCUCUGUCGGCCAGGUUAGGUGUGUGCUAGCCAAGUAGCCAAGUUCCAAACCUCUCUCGGCCUGUGCUGCCUUCCCUCCCUCACCCUCAUCCAUUCAGCUGAAGGGUUUGAACCUCUCCUUCUUUCUGCUGUGGCAGUGAUGGGCACCUGCUCACCACUUCUGCGUUUGAGUCUCAUUGCAGCAUUUCUCUCCCUGCAGCACUCCCUCACAAUCCUUGGCCAGAAGGUCUCCAUGCACUACAGUGAUCCCAAGCCCAAGAUCAAUGAGGACUGGCUAUGCAGUAAGGUAACUGCUUUGUGGUCAGUUUGAGGGUGUCAGAGGAGUCAGAUGGGGUGUGAGGGUGUUGUGUGAGCAAGGUGAAGGGUGGAGAGAAGGCUGGAGGAAUUUUUUGGGGUGGGGGUUGGGGAUGGGGUUCUACUGUGCAACAGUAAUGGUUAGCUUCUUCCAGACACGGCUGCUUCAAAGGAACAGUGCAAUAUGGAAAUCCAAACUCAGCAUCCAGGAGACCCAGUUUCCUUUAUCAGAGUCAAUUGGAAAUGAAAAUCAACAUGGUAGGGUAUCUGUGCAGGGAAUGAGGUCCAUGUGCUCAAUGGGACUUUCUGUCCUCCUCCUGCCUGCCCCCUGCUCUGGGGGUUAUCUCAACCAUCCAGAGCAGAUUUAGGGGCCAUGGGGGUAGGAAAUGUGGGGAAAGUCCUGUUGAGUGGACCUCAUUCUGUAUGUUCAAGUUAAUUCAAUCCUGCCCUAAGUAUUUUUGCUUAUUUUGAAUAGUUUUGCUUUCAAGUAGAGGUUUUAAAAUGCUUUUUACAAUGAUUGCUGGGACUGGAAAGAAAACAAGGCACAAUGAACAAAGAACAGCUUACUGGGGCCAGAGAUCAAGGCACAGCAGACAUGAGAAAGGACCUAGUUUCUGAGAUUAUGCCAAGCAUUUAUCAGGGUUUUUUGUUUUUGAUUUUUUUCUUCACAAAUCUGAGGGCCAGAAAAGCAGAGAAGGCAUGCAGCAACCAAACCAGCUUUAUGGCAAGUGUUAGAUGUUUUGCAGGAGGUAGCAAGACUUUGUAGGGUCAGCCUUUUCCCAUUUCUGGAAGUUAAAUAAAGACAGGAUGUGUCUGUUCUCUCAACAGUGUGGAGUGCAGAAUUUCAAGCGCAGAGAGAAGUGCUUCAAGUGUGGCGUUCCCAGAUCUGGUAAAGUUUAAUGGGGUGGUUGUUGUUUUUUUUACAAUGAUUUCUAUUUUCAAAUUACAAAGAUAUAAGUACCAAUCACAUGGAAGAUACAUUUGAUAUGGGUACAUACUCUCCAAAAAAGAGCAAAACCUCUCACUACAUAAAAACCAAUUAACUAAAGAAGUAAAUAACCUCUGGACUAGGGUUGCCGUUUUUCAAAUAGUUAAAAUUGCCAACUACACUGCCAACAUGUGUUGCCAUACAUGUAGAUUUUCCUGGACAUUUUAGCGAUUUCUGCCUAGACGCUGCUUCCGACUGCAGUAUUCCAGAUUUGUCUGGGAAAUUCUGGACGUAUGGCAGCCCUGCUCUGGUCUGAUAAUCACAGUAGUUCCAAGUGCUACAGUUACUGUGCCAUUUCACAUCAGCGGGAAUAUAGUCCAAGUUACAACAAACAUACAACACUUUUCAAAGUGUUAGUUCAAGUGAAGAAGGCCAUGUCCACAUGUAGUGAGUAGAUAAAGUUUAGCAUUCUGAUGAUAUAUAGCUCAGUAGCAUAGUGUAGCCUGUAGCAUAGUGACCUCCCCGUUGAUAUUAUUAUUUCUUCUUCUUUUUCUUUAUGACCAUCCCUCAACAGAAGCUGAGCAGAAGCUGCCACCGGGUAGUCGCUUGGACCAGCUGGUGGCUCUGUCAGGAAGAGAACUCAGCCAAGGCCUUCUGCCCCUCCCACAGCCAUACCAAGUGUCAGCAGCCCUGUCCACUCAGCCUGUGGCACAAAUGUCUGAACCUUGCGCGGAGAAUGCUAAUGACAGUGAGUAUGGAAUUGGAGAGUGAUAUAAGAGCUUCAGUUACGUGGCUGCAAUCAGACCUAAACCUGUUCAGUUUUAUGGCUUGUUCCCAGUGAAAGUGACAAACUUUAGUAUCAUGAUGUUGCUGAGAUCACCCUGUUAGGCAUCCCUGACCACCUCAGCGAGCUCCAAUUCCUGUGUUACUUACAGGGCAACGGAUCAUGGCAGUGAUGGCAGGUCUCUGAUUUAGCCCUAGAAUGGAAUUUGAUUGGUUUAAAGAGUCUGAGAGCCUGUGAGAUUCAUAGCCAUGAGGGUGCUGCUGCGGGGAGAUAAAGCCUGGUACAUUUGAUUGUAAUGUUACAAGUUUUGGAAUGUUGUGCUAAAUAUAUUGACCACCAAAAAAACCCCAAGUUCCGCUAUCAGAGCACAGUGGUACCUUGGGUUACAGAUGCUUCAGGUUACAGACUCUGCUAUCCCAGAAAUAGUACCUCGGGUUAAGAACUUUGCUUCAGGAUGAGAACAGAAAUCAUGUCGCGGCGGCAACAGGAGGCCCCAUUAGCUAAAGUGGUAUCUCAGGUUAAGAACAGUUUCAGGUUAAGAAUGGACCUCCAGAACGAGUUAAGUUCUUAACCUGAGGUACUACUGUAGAAUCAUAGAAUUGGAAGGUACCCUGAGGAUCAUCUAGUCCAACCACAUGCAAUGCAGGAAUAUGCAAUUGUCCCAUACAGGGAUCAAACCUGCAGCCUUGGCAAUAUCAGCACCACACUGUAACCAACUGAGCUAUCCAGCGAGUAGAUUAUGUGUUAAGAGUCAGUUGUGGCAGGAUCUGUAAUUAAUUAUUUUUGUCAUAGAUUUCAAAACUGCAGAGAGAACGGCUGUAACGCUAUAAAUGAGGAAAAUGUAGACUGAGAGCUGUGCUGAGUGAUGACUCCUUCUUACCUCUAUGGAAUAAGACAGGCAUGCAUUAAAAAGAGGCUCACACCACUGUGAAAUCUGCUUUGAGCUCUGUCUCUAACACAAUAUGAGUGGCUAGAGCAUAACGGUGAAUCUGGCAGUGAUAUAGGUUGCAGCUAUUGCCUGGCUGCUUCAUUGCUGCUGCGUCCUCCCCAGGAAUGAUGCACCCGACAGUUAGUUAGAUCUGAGAGGGCAUUCUUUUCUGCAGCAACACUAGGAGGUAGUGGCCUCAAUAGCAAUGGGAAGGUGAGUGUGCAGGAAAAUAAGAUGUCAUACAGCAAAGUGUUUUCUUUCAUUGCUUCCUUAGUGUAUGAAAUGGAAAUAGCUGAAAUUCCUUCUGCAUCAGGUUACUGGUGGUAGGGCACUUCGUACCCCAGCAGGAAGCAGAGAAGAGAGAUGGUGGCAGUGGUGGAGCAGCCAGUCAGUGACUACAGCAUAUAUGCCUUAUCCUUCACAAACAUGCCUAUAGAAUCCUAGAACUGUAGAGUUGGAAGUGUCUGGAGGCAGUUGGAGGAUGGAUGGCAGCUCAUGAGUUGAAGUUGAAUCCUGACAAGGCAGAAGUACUGUUCUUGGGGGACGGGGAGCAGGUGGGUGGGUGGGACUCCCUGGUCCUGAAUGGGGUAACCUUGCCCCUGAAGGACCAGGUGCACAGCCUGGGAGUCAUUUUGGACUCACAGCUGUCCAUGGAGGUGCAGGUCAAUUCUGUGUCCAGGGCAGCUGUCUACCAGCUCCAUCUGGUACGCCGGCUGAGACCCUCCCUGCCUCUGCCUUGUCUCGCCAAAGUGGUACAUGCUCUGGUUAUCUCUCGCUUACUGCAGUGUGCUCUACAUAGGGCUACCUUUGAAAAUGACUUGGAAACUACAACUAAUUCAGAAUGCGGCAGCUAGACUGGUGACUGCUGGGACCAUAUAGCACCAGUCCUAAAGGAUCUCCACUGGCCCCCAGUAUAUUUCCAAGCACAAUUCAAAGUGUUGGUGCUGACCUUUAAAGCCCUGAACAGUGUUGGCCCUGUAGACCUGAAGGAGCGUCUCCACCCCCAUCCCUCAGCUGGGACACUGAGGUCCUCCUCUGAGGGUCUUCUGGUGGUUCCCUCACUGCAAGAAGCAAAGUUACAGGGAACCAGCCAGAGGCCUUCUCAGUAGUGGCGCCCACCCUGUGGAAUGCCCUCCCGUCAGAUGUCAAGGAGAUAACUACACAACUUUUAGAAGACAUCUGAAGGCAGACCUGCUCAGGGAAGUUUUUAAUGUUUUUAUAUGUGCUGCCCAUAUGGCAGGAGAAUAAUAAUGAUGAUAAUGAUGUUGAUGAUGAUAAUUGGAAGGGAUCUCAAGGGUCUUUAGUCCAAUGCCCUGCAAUGCAGAAAUCACAGUUUAAAGAAUCCCUGGCAGACAGCCAUCCAACCUCCGUCUGAAAGUGUGCUCAGUGUUCUGUGCUCUUUUUCUUAAUGUGCAUCUAUUCUCUCAGAAGCAGAAAGUGCUGAUACAUUUUUGUUUCGUUUUUUUCUGCAACAAUGAGGGCCAGAAGCUUGAUCUUUCCUUCCAAAAAAUUGAAGGCAAAAUUCUAGGGAACUUGUACAAGCUUUGUUAAUCCAUAAUCCAUUCUCAGCUGUGAAAUUUCUUAAAUCCUGUUGAAGGAGAGCUCUGAGGUGGUUGAAAGAGGCCAGGGUUCUGAUUACCAUACCAUGUGUUACUCUUCACAGCAAUCAUCUUGCGAAACCUGAAUCCUCAUAGCACAAUGGACUCCAUUUUAAGUGCCUUGGCACCAUAUGCUGUUCUCUCCUCCUCAAACGUCCGUGUUAUCAAAGAUAAGCAGACACAACUCAACCGUGGUUUUGCGUUCAUUCAGCUCUCUACCAUUGUGGUGAGUGCCACAAACAGCAUGUUGUAGUUCCAGUCCUGUCUUAGAAAAAGGCAGUGGGAAUGGGGGGCUGUAGAGGAAAGAGAUUUGUUGUUGUUUAGUCAUUUAGUCGUGUCCGACUCUUCGUGACCCCAUGGACCAGAGCACGCCAGGCACUCCUGUCUUCCACUGCCUCCCGCAGUUUGGUCAGACUCAUGUUUGUAGCUUCGAGAACACUGUCCCACCAUCUUGUCCUCUGUCGUCCCCUUCUCCUUGUGCCCUCAAUCUUUCCCAACAUCAGGGUCUUUUCCAGGGAGUCUUCUCUUCUCAUGAGGUGGCCAAAGUAUUGGAGCCUCAGCUUCACGAUCUGUCCUUCCAAUGAGCACUCAGGGCUGAUUUCCUUCAGAAUGGAUAGGUUUGAUCUUCUUGCAGUCCAUGGGACUCUCAAGAGUCUCCUCCAGCACCAUAAUUCAAAAGCAUCAAUUCUUCAGCGAUCAGCCUUCUUUAUGGUCCAGCUGAAGAGCUUUGGUAGUUUAAUUUCUCUCCCUGUGCUCUCUCCCAGGAGGCAGCUCAGCUGCUGCAGAUCCUUCAGGCCCUGCAUCCACCACUGAACAUUGAUGGCAAGACGAUUAAUGUGGAAUUUGCCAAAGGUUCCAAGCGGUGAGUAUAGGAGUGUCCAGAGCUGGGCCUGCUGCAGUUUCUGCUGCAGACAUCCCUAAUGACUCCUGUGUCUCUCUGCAGGGACAUGAGUUCAUCAGAUGGAAACCGCAUCAGUGCUGCUUCUGUAGCCAGCACUGCCAUUGCAGCUGCUCAGUGGGCCAUCUCGCAGGUAACGUAGUGAACAAGGAACAAUGGGACAAGGAGAGUGAUAAUGGCUCCCGAGAACUGCUCUCGGUAGCAGGAAUGUCUUUGGCUUAUCCUCAUUAGCUAUUGGCCCAUAUUGACUUAGUAUAGGAGUGGGGAAAUGUUAGUCAUAGACCAACCUGCUGGGAGCUGCAUGCUUCACACACAUAAGUGCGCGCACACACGGAGGAUACAGACAUGUGCACCCAGCUGACUCUGCCAUUCCGAUCAGUCAUCUGACGUGGGGCUGAUUUGCAUCCCCAUUGUGGUGCUCCACUGGAUAGAGAAGGUUUAUAUCUUUCCGCCUAAACCAGCACCACAAUGGGAGUUAAAAUGACUACAUCUCUACUUGACUCUGAACACAUUUUUUCUCUCCUAGCAGUUCUGCUGCCCCCAGAAAGUAUAGUUAGAGGAGUAUGUUGUAGCUAAUAUAUGCAGAAAUAUUUUUUGGAAUAUGCUAAAAAUGUGUAAUUAAAUACAUUAAGCAUAGAAAAGCCCUCUAAAAGGAAUUGUUCUAGGUGGGGAAAGAAUCUUUGCAUGGACAUUUUAGUGAAACCUUUUCCUGAUAGGCCAAAGUACAUACCCUUGCAUCUCUUUUUAUAACAAAUUCUUUGACCAGUUUCCUGUUUGAUUUUUCCAAUAGGCAUCACAGGGUGGUGAGGCAACCUGGGCAGCUCAAGAUGAGCAGACGGUUGAUUAUGGCUAUUACCAGCAGGAUGAAGCCUAUGGGUCUCAGGGUUUGGAAGCCACAAUGUACACACAAGCAUAUUUGAAAGGGUCCCAGCUGCAGAGCGGCACAUCUGGGACAUCAGCUGUGGGGAAGGCUGACAAGAUCCACAGUGAAAGUUCAGUGGCAGGUAAGAGGCCUGGUCUCUUCUUUCCACCUUACCUGAAGUCUUUUUCUGCCUCCUGACUGACUGUGCUCUCUCUGCCUUCUUGUCUCCUCUUCUCUCACGAAGUAGUGGAGGCAUCACUGGAGCCUGGUGUGCCAGGCAUAGACCCUGUGCCUGUCCUACCCACUUUCCCCCGUACCAGCCAGACCUCAGCUGUGCCAGUCACAUACCAGCCAACUGGCAGCACUGAAGGGUCAAGUUCUGCCCAGGGAAAUGCUGCUGCUGCUGCUCCGGUACAGUUGGAACAGAACUUUGUGUGUGUGUGCUCGUGUGUGUGUGUGAGAGAGAGAGAGAGUGAGAGGGAGAGUGUUGCAAUGCUCUGUACCUCCCAACCUGCCUUUUUGUGUUCUCUCUCACAGUCUCAGUCAUAUACUAUCGUCUCACCAGCUGUAUUGAAGCCUGACAUGCCUAGUACUGCUCAGCCCCCCAACGCAGGCAUCUCCACCAGCACUUCCAGUUUGCCUGUUACCAGCCCUGUAGGGCAAGAGCCUUACACUCAGUACCGUGAGUGCUGGAUUCUGUAGGGAACAGAGGGUGGGAAGGGAGGAUGUGGCCAGUGUGAGGGGUCUGGGAGUGACUGGGGAUUGAUGUGACUAGCUGGGGUCUGGGAGCCUUUUAUUCCUAGUUCAGGAGGAAGGGAACAGGGCCAAGAUCAGGUGCUCUUCUGGUUUGAUGUGCUGUUAUUUAGUUCAUUUCCUGUUUUUCUGUGCACAAUUCCAGCUGUCCCAGAUGUAUCCACCUAUCAAUAUGAUGAAAGUUCUGGCUACUAUUAUGACCCCCUGACUGGCCUUUACUAUGACCCUAAUUCCCAGGUGAGUUGAACCUCACUUUGGGCCCACUUUGCUCCUUUCUGGGCAUGGCCAAGAGCUGAGAAGUGAUAGCUGAAAGGUAGAUGCUGAAAUACCUGCUUCUCCACCAUGAGAUGACUGUGCUCCCAACUUGAUAUGGUACACUGUCUUGGCACAAGAUGCAGCACAGACUCAUGUGUGAUUGUCUCUUUCCAGUACUACUACAAUGCCCAGACGCAGCAGUACCUGUAUUGGGAAGGUGAGAGACGUACUUACGUCCCAGCCUCAGACCAAGCCUCUGACAGCCACAAGGAUGGCAGUGGACCAGGGGGUGGCAGUGGCAAGGAGGGUAAAGAGAAGAAGGAGAAACAUAAAACAAAAACAGCUCAGCAGGUGAGAACCACAUCCCCUUUCUGUACCUGCUGCUCCUUAUCUUAAACUGUUGCCUGCCCCCUACUUGCCCAUAACUUGAAAAGCCCUUUGGUCUGCUUCCAGGGCUCUAGGUCUUGGAUCAUGUAGUUACAGUGCUGCCUCAGCCUCUCAGUAAGCUUAGCCUCCUUUCUCUGGAGUGGCCAAAGGGGGAAUGCCUGCAUAGGGAAGGCCUUAUUCGGGUAUUCUGGUGAAGGUGUUGAAAAACAGUUGGAUGGCAUGGGGUUGUAUUGCUGGAGAAUAACUGGAAGUAGUUGCUGGAGGAGCAUUCCUUCUUGUAGGGACUGGAAGAGAAAGAGAAUAGCUAAUUUUGGAACCUCCAGGGCCAUUUUAAGUGAAAAAAUAGCUGUUUUUCAGCCCUGUUGCACAGUUCCAGUCAGUUGUUGUUUUUGAGAAACACCUAUUUUCAGCCUGGACUAAGAACUCCUUUGUUCCUCCUCCCCCACCCCCUCUCCUGGAUUAUUCCCCACUUUUGUGUUAUCUUCUGCAGAUUGCAAAAGAUAUGGAGCGCUGGGCCCGUAGCCUCAACAAGCAGAAGGAGAACUUCAAGAACAGCUUCCAGCCAGUUUCCUCUAUACGAGAGGAUGAGAGGCGGGAGUCGGCCACAGCUGAUGCUGGCUAUGCUAUCCUCGAGAAAAAGGUAACAUCUUGGGUCUCCUCAUCCAUUACCAGGAGCAGAUUAGUACUAAAUUACCUACUGCAGCUAAUUCCUGAAGCCUAAACAAAACUGAAUGACCUGAGGGUGUGAGGGCAGGUUGUUCAGCCUUGUGGCAUCAUCUGUUUCAGUGUGUCUGCAGUGCAGUUGUGGCCUAGAUGCUGCUAAGACAGAGUCCUACAUCUCCCACCUUCUCUUGCUCUGCUCAGAUCUCUUGUCUGUGAGACCGAACAGUGUCAAGUGCUAGUCUUUCUCUCCUGCUAAUGUGAGAAGUUCUUGUCAAGAGUAUUGUUUCAGCAGUGAGCACAUCCGUGAAGCCGUGAUUUUUAAAGGGCAAGAUGGGUCUCUUUCAAGAAAGCAAGCUUCUGUCUUGCCUAUGUUAAUUAGAGUGUUGGCCUAAAUUAAGGCCAAGUGGCCCUGUAAGGAGAACCACCUGUGUUUGAUCUCUUCCCAGGAGCUGGCUGGAUGAGUGAGCAGAAAGAAAGCGUGCUGUUCAUUUGGGGAAAGAAUGUGAGAACUUCUGUUAGAGUUAACGCUUCUUUUUUUCCUUUUCCUUUUCUGGGUAUCCUCAGGGGGCUUUGGCUGAGAGGCAGCACAGUGGCAUGGACCUGUCCAAGCUGGCUGGUGAUGAUAGACUGGUAAGCCUUUCCCUUUCCACUUAAUCCCCAGUUCAGGUCUUCUGGGUCUUAUAGAAUAAUGGGUGCUGGUGCAGGGACUUUGCUCUUGUCUCCUUCUAAUGGUGAGGGAAUAGGUGAGGUGCACAAUAUGAACAUGGGGAAGUCUUCCACAGAAAGCCCUCUGAAGUGGGGGCUUCCUCCAAGGCAGUCGAGCUGUACGGUGCACCGACUCUCCGCUGUGAGCCCAUGGUGGUCUGGGUAGAGUAGGCUGAUUCGGGGGUGAGGGAAAGGAGACAAAGGUAAGUGACCUGUGGGGUCCUUCUGAAUCUGAUUCCAGCUGAGAUAUAUUCCAUCUUGUGACCUUGCUUAACUUGGCAGAGUCCCCCACGAGGAUUAGUGGCUGCUUACAGUGGGGAGAGUGACAGUGAGGAGGAGCAGGAGAAGGCUGCUGACCGGGAAGAGAAACUGACAGAUUGGCACAAGCUGGCUUGCUUGCUUUGUCGGAGGCAGUUUCCCAGCAAGGAGGCACUUAUUCGUCACCAGCAGCUCUCGGGAUUACACAAGGUAUGUAGCUGACAGAAGAAAGUAUUGGAGAUCUUGAUUUCAACCAAACUAUGGGGAACUCUGUUAAGUUCUAUAACAAGGGUGUCUCUGGAUCUUAGAUUAAGACUUAUACAACAAAAAAAAAGCUUUAGAACUUACUGGACUCUAGUUCGCUUGUUUAUGAAAGGACUAUCUAAGGCAUUAGCUGCUGGAGAUGGAACAGAGAUAAUGCUGCCCUAAACAUACGUUUGUACAAUGUCCUAUAUUGAACAUAUUUUGGCAGAAGGUAAUACAGGUGAAACUCGAAAAAUUAGAAUAUCGUGGGAAAGGUCAUUUAUUUCAGUAAUUCAACUUAAAAGGUGAAACUAAUAUAUGAGAUAGACUCAUGACAUGUAAAGUGAGAUAUGUCAAGCCUUUAUUUGUUAUAAUUGUGAUGAUCAUGGCGUACAGUUGAUGAAAACCCCAAAUUAACAAUCACAGAAAAUUUGAAUAUUGUGAAAAGGUGCAGUAGCUAUUCAAUCCAUAACACCUGCAGUGGGUUCCUGAGCCUUUAAAUGGUCUCUCAGUCUGGUUCAGUAGGAAGCACAAUCAUGGGGAAGGCUGCUGACCUGACAGUUGUGCAGAAAGCCAUCAUUGAGACCCUCCAUAAGGAGGGAAAGCCUCAAAAGGUAAUUGCAAAAGAAGUUGGAUGUUCCCAAAGUGCUGUUAUCGAAGCACAUUAAUGGAAAGUUAUGCGGAAGGGGAAAGUGUGGAAGAAAAAGGUGCACAAGCAGCAGGGAUGACCACAGCCUGGAGAGGAUUGUCAGGAAAAGACCAUUCAAACGUGUUGGGGACUUUCACAAGGAGUGGACUGAGGCUGGAGCCAUCACACACAGACGGAUCCUGGAGAUGGGCUUCAAAUGUCAUAUUCCUCUUGUCAAGCCGCUCCUGAACAGGAAACAACGUCAGAAGCGUCUUACCUGGGCUAAAGAAAAUAAGAACUGGACUGUUGCUCAGCGGUCCCAAGUCCUCUUUUCUGAUGAGAGCAACUUUUGCAUCUCAUUUGGAAACCAAGGACCCAGAGUCUGGAGGAAUAAUGGGGAGGCACACAAUGCCAGAAGCUUGAAGUCCAGUGUGAAGUUUCCAGAGUGUUGGUCCACUGUGCUUCAUGAAGUCCAGGGUCAACGCAACCGUCUACCAGGAGAUUUUGGAGCACUUCAUGCUUCCUUCCGCAGACAAGCUUUAUGGGGAUGCUGACUUCAUUUUCCAGCAGGACUUGGCACCUGCCCACACUGCCAAAAUUACCAAAACCCAUGGAAUUACUGUGCUUGAUUGGCCAGCAAACUCGCCUGACCUGAACCCCAUAGAGAAUCUAUGGGGCAUUGCCAAGAGAAAGAUGAGAGACAUGAGACCGAGCAAUGCAGAAGAGCUGAAGGCUGCUAUUGAAGCAUCCUGGUCUUCCAUAACACCUCAGCAGUGCCACAGGCUGAUAGCAUCCAUGCCACGCCGCAUUGAGGGAGUAAUUGAUGGAAAAGGGGCCCAAACCAAGUACUGAGUACAUAUGCAUGCUUCUACUUCUCAGAGGUCCAAUAUUGCUCUAUUUGCAAUCCUUGUUUUGCUGAUUUCAUUUAAUAUUCUAAUUUUCUAAGAUUGUUAAUUUGGGGAUUUCAUCAGCUGUACGCCAUAAACAUCACAAUUAUAACAAAUAAAGGCUUGACAUAUCUCGCUUUGCAUGUCAUGAGUUUAUCUCAUAUAUUAGUUUCACCUUUUAAGUUGAAUUACUGAAAUAAAUGAACUUUUCCACGAUAUUCUAAUUUUUUGAGUUUCACCUGUAGAGACGGUCAACAUGCUAUACAGAGCAAUCUUAAAUCCUUUUCAAUUAUAUACCCAAUACAUGGAAUCUAACAAAGGGACAAUAUGAAUGGACUCUCCACGCCCCCCAAAAGUCUGGCGUUGUUGAACUGGAAAAAUGAAAAUGCAGCUCCCUUUAAUGAUUGGAUUGAAGAAAUGGACAAACUCGCAACACAUGAACAAGUUGUGUACAAAUGUAAACUUGCCAUGGACAAAUUCAAUGUUAUUUGGAAUUCAGUUUUAUUAGGGAUUCGGCUACAUUAGUAGAGAAACUAUGCAUUGAAUGCACUUUAAAUAUGCAACACCAGAUGGUGCCAGAGAGCCAGAAUUGUUUAAAAACUGGAUUUCUCAUUGGAUUUUUUUUUCUUUUGUCAAAAUGGUCUAAUUUCUGCCUUAUAUAUAGCACUUUUUUCCUGUGUUUAGAUCCACCGUAAAGGUCUUAGUUAACUACAAGAACAAUUUUCCCCCUUUUUUGUAAUGUAUACAAUAUAUUUUUUUCUGUUUUGUUUUCUACAUGGAUACUAUUUCUUGUUUCUUCUUUUUUGUGUCUUACUCGUGCACUUGUAAUUUUUAUUUUUCAAUAAAAAAUAUAAAAUAAAAAGUUAUGUAGCUGACAGAGGCACCAGCUUGCAAAGGUGAUUGGGGUGGGGGACCAAUAUUGAGAACAUGUCAGGAGGAGCCGGAGGUGGAGCCAAACUCAGCGGCCGCACGGCUCAGUGGCUCCGCCGCCGCCACCGGCAGAGGCUGCUUAACCCUCCUUCUCCUCUCCUGUAGGAGGAGGAGAAGGAGCUGGCUGCUGGAGGCAUGCUGCACUUGGCUCCAUUCUUUGGCUCAAUGCUUUUGGGGUAUGGGGGGCAGUCCCUACCCCAAAAAUAUGGGUGGCUCCAAAAGGGCUCGGCCCCUAGGAGCCAGCACUCCAGUAGCUGAAGUGUCUUGGUUGCUUUUGAUACCAUCAACUCUAGCAUCCUCCUGGGACUGCUUGGCAGAUCUGAGAUUUGGAGCCAUUAGUUUGAGGUGCUGUCUACAAAUUAUGUUGUUGCCUACAUAGUUUUUGGUACAGGUAGCCCUGUUCAGGGAAGUUUUUAAUAUGUAACGCUGUACUGUUUUUAACACUUGAUUGGGAGCCGCCCAGAGUGGCUGGGGAAACAGCCAGAUGGGCGGGGUAUAAAUAAAUUAUUAUUAUUAUUAUUAUCAUCAUCAUCAUCAUCAUGAUCAUCUUGAAAUUUACCAGGUGCUGCUUUAGCUAUUUUCUUUUGGAAGUGAUAUUUGGUUGUUGUUUUUUUGGUGAUGUAAGGAGUCUUUCGGCCUGGGGGCCACAUUCUCUUCUGUGCAACCUUCUGAGGGCCAUAUGCCAGUGAUGAGCAGGGCCAGAGGCAAAACUGAGUGGAGCACUGGAUGUCAAUUUGACCUUUUUAUAGUAGUCUAGUUUUAGACACCCCAUCCUCCAUCCAAGGAAGCAAGAGGCAUUGUCCCAGCCAAAAACACUCCAGGGCAAAGGGAAGUUGCUGAGGGGUGAGGCAGAGGAGGAAGUUUCUUUGAACAUAGUCCCAAGGGCCUGUAGGGCCAUGUUUGGCCUCCAGAGUUGAGGUUCCCAACCCCUGCCUUAGAACUGAAACACAAAGGUAGAUUAUUAAUAUGCUUAUAUAGAAAUAAAACAUAGUGGGAAUCUUCAGGUGCCCACCUUAACCUUGUCUCUAUUUUUAUAUUCUCCCCUGUGCAGCAAAAUCUGGAGAUUCAUCGGAGGGCACACUUGUCAGAACAGGAGCUUGAGGCACUUGAGAAAAACGACAUCGAGGUAGGUAUGGGAGUAGAGAGUGGCCCCAGGAGGGUGAGGGUUACCUGGCCAGUGCCUUAUUGCUGUCUCUUCAUGACCACCAGCAGAUGAAAUACCGAGAUCGUGCAGCUGAACGAAGGGAAAAGUAUGGUGUUCCUGAGCCACCAGAACCCAAGAAAAGGAAGUAUUCAGCUGUGACACCAGCCACUGUGUAAGUCCCACCAUGCCCCUGUGGUUCUCCCUAAGUGUACUAAGGAUGAGAUAAGCGAUCCCGGGGGACUUCCGGGGAAGCGCCUCUGGCAAUGGCUGGAUUCCUCUGAUCGGGAGGAAUCAGCUCCGUGGAAAUCUGGGUCUGGCCGCCAUGGCGAAGGCGGAGACCCGUUAAAAAUCACAGGCGGGAGAAGCCUGUGAGCGUGGGAUUCGGCGGGCACCCUUUGCGCCUCCCCCACUCGCAGGGAAACCCGGUUUUGGGGAUCCGGAGCAACAUGGGGUGAGCGGCGCGGUGCUUCGAAUUAUCUGCUUCUUCCACGGAGCGAAGCAGCAUAGCUGUUGUCGGAGAGCGCUGACUUUUUCCUGUGGACAAUUUGACUCUAAAGUAACUACCCGUGAGUAGAGCUUAAUUGGGAAAAUUGGAUUAAAAAAAAAAAAACGUCUAAUUUGGCAUCGAAACGGGGAAGGUUCAAUACAGGAAGUCCGCCUUCCCCUUUUGUAAAUAGACUGAAGCAACGGAGGCUGCAAGCUGAAGUCUUGGAAAGCCUUUUGUAAAAGACUAAAUUUCCAUAAGUAAAGAAUAUAAUCCCCCCCUUGGAGGCAGGAGAAGAGGGGGGAGGGAAGUUGUCAACUGAGUUUGCCUGCGGAAGAGACCAAGAGAGGUAAAACACCCCUGCUCGGACCCUGGGAACGGGCUGCUAGAAGGUCUGACGUUUUGGUGAGACGUUUAUUGACAGUGCUUGGAUCGUGUUGACAGCUAGCAUAAGAGAAGAUACAUUGUUUCUACUGUUUCCAGCAGUGAAAGUAACUGAAAAUUGAAAUUAGUUUGGGGUCGUUUGAACUGUGCUUUAAGAGGAUAUUACUUAUCAAUACAAAUAGAAACUGUUUCCCUCUAGUGGAAGUUCUUGAAACUGGCGGCUACAUAAGAUCUGGGCUGGGAAAUUUCCAGUUGUAAGAUAAAAACCAUGAGACUAUGAGUUGGGCAGAUGCGAAAGACGGAAUGUCGCCAGAAGAGGCCUUAGUGAUUGUACUAGUGAAAAUAAAUGAUUCGCUGGAACAGCUUCACAAGAAAAUGGAUGUGAUAAAUAUGAAAGUGGAUGCUGCAAAUAUUAAAAAUGAUUUAAUGGUAGAAAAUUUAAAUAACCUGGGACAAAAGGUGAAUAUCAAUACAGAAACCACCCAGAAAUUGAUACAGGAAUCUAUCCUGAUAUGGCAAACUGCAGAUGAAGUUAAGGAGAAAACCCUCGCUGCUGAAGUUAAAGUAAUUCAACUGGAGAGAGAGAGAGUCCCAUCCAUACGAGGACGAUUUGGUGAAUACGAGCUGACACCUGAUAUGACUGAACUUAAAGAGAAACAGAUGAAAUUGAGGAUCAGAGCCCUACCUGAGGAAAAGGAAACCUUGAUAGAGUUUCAGGAGGAGAUAGGACUAACAUUGGUUGAGAAAGAGAGGUAUUGGGGGGUUAGUAUGACCGCCAGAAAUGUGAAUUUAUUCAAGGGCAACUGUGAAGGACGUUGGCUUGAAGACAAGGGGGAUUUGGAAAUAGGGCUAAAUUGGAAGUUGCUAUUGUUGGGCCGAGUUGCUGUGGUGGGGACGAGGGUUGCGGUGAGGUUGGGGAUGUUGCUUUUGUUUCAAACAUUGCAAGUUUUGGAUGGGAGGGAUUGUUUCAGGAGGUGGCAGAGGGAUAUCUCUAGAUCUGUAUGGCAGGGCAGGAAGCCUCGAGUAAAAUUUAAGAUAUUAACGGAUACUAAAGAAGGAGGUGGACUUGCCCUGCCAGACCUCUAAAUUUUGUUGUGAAUCAUCUGCUUUUUGCUGGCUGAGAGAAUCGGCAGUAUCCGAGACCAGGGAGAAGAGCUGGUGGAAGAAGACUGGAAGUUUAAAGACUAUUUAUAGAAAUAUUGCAAAAUUAAUGAAUGUUAGAACAAAGUGGGAAUGAAGUUAUAUGGCUUUAGCAGAAAUGUUAUAAGGAAUUAAGUAUAAAUAGAUUAAUUGAGCAUUAAAGGGAAUAAAAUAAGAUUAGAAUGUGUUAAGAUAAUUAUAGGAUAGAAAACAGAGGAAGAUGGAAAGGAAUUGCUGAAAUAAUUAAUUGAUGUGGAAUACAAAAAAGGGAGGUGUGAGGAAGUCGUGGAAAUAAGCGAAUGAAAGAUAUGACAUUGAAAUUGUUUAAAGUGGUCUUUGUUUUGUUUUAUUUGUCUUGCAUUGUAUUGUGUUGUUUUUUGUUUGUUGUUUCUUUUUGCUUCUUUGCUUUGUUUAACUCUUUUUCUUUUUUUUGGUAACUUUUAAACUCUUAAUAAAUAUUAUUUUUUUUAAAAAAGAUAAGAGAUCCCUUCUAGAGCAGUCUGCUUUGGUAAUGGUGAGAGGCAUUUCUAUCCCAUAGUGACACAUCCUUAGUGUCCUCUGUGCAACAUGCUAUUUCCUUUUUGCUCAGUUGGCAAAGUUAGAGGGCAGGGCAUCUGAAUAUGUUCCUCUCUUCUCCCACCUUCGUUUACAACAGGGAUUUUGAACAACCAACGCGGGAUGGACUUGGCAGUGACAACAUUGGCAGUCGCAUGCUACAAGCCAUGGGCUGGAAAGAGGGCAGUGGUUUGGGUCGCAAGAAACAGGGGAUCGUUGCCCCUAUUGAGGUACCAAAAUACCUUGCUUAAGUUACUGUGGAUAAAGCAAAGUGUAUAGUGCUCAUAUUUUUGAGGAGCAUUUAGUCUUCCUGUUACUUCCCCAUUUUUGCAAAAACAACCUAAAAUAAGGGAGGUAGGGAGGAAGUAGUUGGGCUUUCUUGCUUGGUGUGAGUUUUGCAGGCAUGGCUUUCUUGUCCCUGCCAUCACCAUCGCCCCCACUUCAGAAAAGGUCACCUCAGCACAUGGGAAAUUAGGACAAUUGAGAAAGAGGCCCUUUGGCAGUAUGUUGAGGAGAACUUGCACCAGAAGGAAGUACAAAGUGGUGGUAUUAGUCUGUUGUAGGCAAGGAGGGACCUCAGUGGGGUGUCCUAACAUUCUGGGUGAAAUGUGGUUUGGGACAAAAGCUGUUCCUCUAAAAAUGUCUGAUGCACAUUCUUUUUUCUUUUCUACCUAGGCCCAAACACGAGUGCGUGGCUCUGGCUUAGGGGCCCGUGGCAGCUCUUACGGGGCGGUAGCAUCAGAGUCCUAUCGUGAAGCAUUGCACAAGACGAUGCUGACUCGUUUCAAUGAGUCAGAAUGAGCUCUUCAAGGAGCACCCACCUGUACAGUAUUUUGCUGCUGACUGUCUCCCUUCACCCGUCCCUCACUUUCACAAAAUGUUCCUUUUGGUUGACUUUUUUUUUUUUAAUUAAAUGUUGAAAUGGGCAAUAGGUUUUUGUUUUUUUAACAUAGCUGAGGCCUGUGGAAGAAGUGGUGCACUCCUGGCCCUUGUUCAGUUAUGAAGCACUUAUGGGAACAUCUAUAUAUAACAAUGGUGUAGAAAUACAUUAAUUUACUAUACCAUAGUAACCUGUUGAGCUACAAGCUCUGCACAUUACUCUGCUGGGGCAGCCAUUGUUGAAUCCAACUGAAGUCCAUGCCAUGAUUACUGGUCCAGCAAAAACCAACCAACAGAGAAGACCUCUGUAUCAACCACAAGGACAGCCUUUUCCUUCUAGAGUGUUCGGUGUAGCCCUUCCACAAGCUCUACAUAAUGAGGUUCUGAAAGAAAAGUGAAAUCUAUUAAAAGAGUCUGUUUCU